AUGGUGGAUGCAAUUGAAAAUAACAUGAGGACACUCAAGGACAGCCAACGUGUGUGAAGUGUGAAGUCGGGUCAAGUGGAAGUUUAGGACGAGGAUUACAGACUCCAUUUCGAUUUUUGUCCUUCGUUCAUUUGCUUCGCUUCCUCUGGAGUCUAAACGAAGCAAUUUUAAAUCAAAUAAAGUAGUAAUUAGUAUUCAAAUACUAUAAAUUUAAUUUCAGGUAUAGAAAUUACGUACCGUUAUUAUUUAUCCUUAUCGUUUUUUUUCUUAUAAUUUUCGACCAGGUAUCCCCUACCCAUCUUAUUUACCCGGCAGUGGCAGUCCGCGGUAACCGCCAUGUUAUAAUCAGACACGGGGAUAAAAAAAAAAAAUGCUUCGCACUUUGUUAUGCUCGUCACGACUUAUGAGCAUUUAUUAUAAUAUAUCAUAUCCGCUGGUAUUAGGUUUCAGACUGUUAUAAACUAUUGGCCCCCCUCCCAUCCCCCGAAAAAAAAUUUAAAAACGCUAUCAGAUAGAAGGGUAUCCAUUUCGGGUGUGUCAAUGGUUUGUCAAUGUUUUCUCUUGUAGCAGUAAGUAACAGUAGUAUCCCGUAAAAAAGAAGAAGAAAACCACUGUUUGAAUUUCAAAUAGGUGUAUAAAAAUAAUUACGUAAUAGUCGUAAUACUCGUAAUAGUAUACUGUAUAGCCUAUAAAUCUUAUUUGUUUUUUUUUCGGUCGCGUUCUAGAGAUAUCAGUUACAUAUACAGUGAGGGGGAGCGGUAUACUAUCGGAAUAACAAGUACACUUUAAAUAUUAGUGAAACAGUUCAAACAAUUUUUUUGUGUGGUUUUUUUUUAAAAAAUUGUAUUUGAUCUAUUAUCGCAACAAUAAAAAUAAAUAUUUCGACAUCGAUCCCAUAUAUUUAUUUCCGAAUAAUUACUAAUAUUUCCCUCUAUGUAACCGAGUAUAUCACAUUUACUUAUAUCAUUUUCUAAAAAAAGAAGCUUAGUAAUAAUAAUACACCAAAAGCAAAACAAAAAAAAACUGUUUACAUAUCGAAAUGUUAUUAUUGAUUCAAAUGUCGGAUUACAAAAUAUUAUUAUGUACCCUGCGUAUUUUCGUGUUUAUUUUUCUUGUAUAACCGCAGUGUACAAUAUUAUUGUGACGCCACAUGUGUUCUGUCUUAUUUGCUACGGGCAUAUAGUAUAAUGUACGGAAAUAAAUUAAUUUUACUUAUUACGUAUUUAUUUGUUCUCUAAAUAUAAUAACAAUACUGUAUUGUAAAAGGGAGUUCAAAAUAUUUUGCCCAUCUUUAGGCUUUUAGCGACCAUUCGUAAAAACACAUUUUUUUUUUUACAAAGCUCUGGUAUUUCGAGCUGUACAUUUCGGGCUCUAAGACAAAUUAUUCGGAUUUAUAUUUAAUCCCCCAAAUAUUAUUUGCUAGGUUUCCUAAGAGAGCGGUGUCCUAAGAGAUUCGUUGUGCGAUGAGCGCCUUUAUGGCCGUUAUCUUGCUACGGAGGGUGCGUUUCAAAUUUUAGUGCGUCUCCAUCUACAUUACAACGAUGAAAAAUGCAGGCAAUACUUUAGUUUAGCACAAUUACUGUUUGAUUAUAUACUGAAUUAUAUAAGACAUAACCUAACUUCUAAACCAUUCUGGCGUAAUGAACUCAUUAACGUUUUGGCAUUAACACCACACUCCUAUCACUAAAUCCCGUCGAGAUAUACUCGAUUCAAAAAUAAGAAAGGGGGGGAACUUUUACUAUGAAGUGCCCUUAAUAGCCGUAUGUGCAAUAGUGAAGAUUACACUAGUGUACGUAGAAAAAUAAUCAAGAUACAGCGCUAGGUUUCAAACGAAAAAAAAACAUUGGCGGCGAAACGUUGGUGGCGAUGUGCUGGUGUUUGAAAAUCAACUGCUCAAAAAUUAGGUAGGUAGUCUAGUUGAUAGGGCAUUAGGUUAGAGUAGACAGGGUCUCGGGUUCAUGACCCGACUUUGGCAGUGUACAAGAUUCUGUUUUUUUGCAUUUUUUUCUUAAUAAAAAAAGCCAAGAAAUUAGGUUACUAGAAUUUAAUUUUGCGGCUUUUCAUUUUUAUCCAGUCUUCAAUAAAUGUUAAAUCAUACUAUAAUUGAUCAUAUGUUAACAUUAAUUUAAAGUUUGAGAUUGAAUUUCCAAUAUUAAUUUAGUAUUGAAUUAAUAUUAUGAUGCUAUGUAGGUGCAACCCUUAAUCCACUUGAUUCACUUUCAUCUAAUAAUGGGGGAUGCCAGGCGCUUGAAGCUAUAGAUUCUUUUAAGAACCUGUGUAUGAGAAAAAGAUGGACAGACUUUGCACGAUUGGUGGCCCACUGUUUUAGGUGAGAAGUUGUGAAGGUAGGAAUUUAAUUUAUAUCAUCUGUACGCAACGAUAAACCAUUUAUAAUGAAAAACGAUUCUGAGAUAAGUUUCUUUUAUAUAUGUACGAAAAUGUUCCCAUUAUUCCUACGUUUUAUCCAGUUUUUCUCAAUUGUUAUGAAAACCACUUGAAAAAAAAAAUUACCUCGGUACGCUCAGAAUCUAAAAUGAAGAUGAUAUCUAAAAAAAAAUAGAUUCUGAAAAGUGAUGUAUCUGUACCUUUAUUAUACCCUGUAAAUACAUUACUGGCCUAUUGCACAAACUUCAUAUACUAAUAAUAAUAUUAUUAUCAAUUGGAAAUUUAAAAGAUAAUAACUAAAACAAAAUCGGGUGUGGGGGAGAGUAGUGUGAUGUUAUUCAAACUCCACGCGUGGUACCAUUAUUCUAAUACUACCCAAACUUAAGUAAUUAAAUAUCUCGUUAACUGGUCGACGGAAAUUAAAAAUUUUUACACCAAAAUUAUUUAAACUAAAACUUCGUCUAAGUAUGGAAUAUUUUUAGAAUGAAAAUUAAAAGUACGUGAUGGUUUCACCUCUUAAAAUGAGCACGACAACAAAAUAAAGGUAAUGUAACAAUUUAGAGCUAUUUAUUUUUUUAAAUGUUACAAAAAAACCGAAUCUCAACUAAAAAGUAAUCAUUUCUGAGAUAAUGAAGUAUCUUACGUUAUGUUGAUCACCUUAUGUACAUAAGAUGCGUACUACUUUUCGAUGUAUGCAUCAAUGGUUCUAAUGUAAUUUUCACUGAAAUAAAGAUAUGCAAUCAAUUAAUGCUCUUGAAGAGCUGUUAAGUAAGGGAAGAAUACGAGAAUAACAUUAUUUUAAAUAACGAUUAUUAUAUUAUAGAGGAUUGUAUUGUUUCUUUUGAAAAUAAAAUUUGCAUCUGGCAUAUUUCAAAAUUAACUAGGUUACCUAUAUAUUAUUAUGAUUUAAUGUUGACUGGUAUAAAUACGCGAAAAGCGAGUAGAUAGGAGGAAGUCAUUUUUCAAAUCGAUGAAACCCUACGCCUAUAGAAUUGUUGACUUUCUAUUAAUACGUUCACGUCAUUUCUUCACCUACCUACUGAACUUUCAAAUUUUAGUAGAACGAAAAACAAAAAAAAUAAAACUAUUACGAAAAUAAUACAAAACAUUAUGUAUACUUCAACUUCAAUAAAAAAACAAUUAUGAUUAUUAUUUACCCAUUUAUAGAACACGCGUAUUCACGUAAAUUAUUAUGACGUAUCGACGUCGAAUUCAAAUUCGAUUUAUUUAUAAAUGCAAGAAUGGAAAAUAUUUUUGUUGAUAUCCCAAAAUCGAGAGCGUUCACUGGACCCAAAAUCAUAUUUAGGACUUGUCUGGACCGCAAGUCCGCAAGUCUUCAUAAUUUUUGUUGUAUACAGUCAUAAUACAGUCACCAAUAAAAUGGCUAAAAAGUAAAAGUUCAACAGAAUGAUCUAGAAUAUUAUUUUAAAAUAAGUAUAAAAUUAUAAUUAUAAUUGGCAGGUAAUUAAAAAUGCGUUAUUGAAAUAAAAUAUUGUUUAUAAAACAAUAUGUUUUGAUUUUGAAGUUUUGGGCAUAAAUUAGAAUAAGUGUUCCUGAAUAAAAAUGUAUUUAAAACCUUUGUUUGGUUUUUGAUUCAGUCAUUCAUUGAUUUAAACUAAAACCAGAUUUUUGAGGUGGUGCCUGUAUAGAAAUUCCUGAUGAGAUACUUUGAAGUCAUUCCGACACUGAUUAAGAGAUCUAUUAAGUUUACCUAACCAUUCCAGAGACGUAUUUAGGUAUUUUGCACCCCAGAUAAGAAAAACAUGCGGAGGGGGCGUGGGGGUCCAACCCCAUCCUAAAUUUCUUCAGCAAUAUACAUAUUUGUAAAAAAAAAACACAUUAUGUUAAAAUCGUUUCAUCCUUCGGUACAUUUAAAAUUAAAAAAAAAAAAAUACUUUGAUACACGCAAAUGCUAUUAAUUAAUUACAAUGUAUAAUAAUUACAUUUGAAUGACGGAAAUUGCAAUCAAAUUAAUAUUUACUUAGAGUUUUUUCAUUGGAAAAUGUGUCAAUGAUAUCAUCGUAAUUUAAUUUCUUUGUCACGUCUGACUCUUUGGUUAAAACAACUAAAGUAUUUAAUCUUUCAUCAGUAGUUUUUGAUCUCGAAUAAGUCUUCAUUCUUUUAGGACCGAAAAACACCUUUUUGAAGAAUAGAUAAAAAUUAGGCAGGAAUGAAUAAUUUUUAACGCAAUUUCUACGUAUGGGUAUAAAUCAUGAUAAUUAUUUUUAAAUUAAAAUUAUGAUUAUUUAUUAAGCAUUAUAAUAAAAUGAUAAUUAUUACCAAAUAUUAUACAUUUAACGGUUUUUUGUUAGUUAGUAAAAUAGCGAUGAUUUUAAAUUUCUUAUAAUUCCGAUAUUCUAUUGGAGUAUAUUAAUUAAAUAUUUAGGUUUAUUUGAUUACUUAAUAAUAUAUAAUUUGUACAAUAUAUAAAUUAUACAUAUACAUAUAGUGUUAAGCGCUUAUACUUCCCAUUUACAUACGAUUUUAAAACCAGUUUUAUACUUAUGUUUAUCGAUAAUCAGCUACUCGUGCGUUUCAAAUUUACGAUUAGAUUUUAUUUAUUUGGCCUACGCCGAACGUGUUCAAAAUUCAAAAAAAUAAAACCAAUAUUCGGUUAAUUUUAAAUUAUUUAAGUAGAUACCUUCUAAAGCCACUGGGUAGGCAAUUAUAUUUAUGUAUGAACAGUUGAUGUCGAACAGCACGCGCAACGCAGUUGCACUGACAUAUGAAGGGGGGCAGGGGUACAGUAUUUUCGUGUUUAAAUGAAUCACGUCCAAUCACAUCAUAUUAUAUGAAUUCCGAAUAUAAGAUACUCGAUUAUCAAAACAUUUAAUUUAUUUCUCGUUUAUUCAGUGACGUUCUCAGGGAGGGACACAUGCCUUCACCGUACAUGGCAACAACUAUAAAUGAAUAUGUAUUUAGUAAUUUUAUUUCGAAACGAAUAUAAUAUGUUUCGGACCAAGUUGCAAGGAAAAGCUCGAUUUAUUGGAUUCACAGUUAUUAUUAUUGAAUACGUCUCCAUCUUUUAAAAAUCCCUUGCAGCGUCACUGCUUACAUUAUAUCACGAAGACAAAAGCCGUUUUUUCUUUCUUAAUCCGUCUGAUUACCAUUAUAUCGUUUUGAUUUAUCAAAUAUGUACGUAAGCUCAUAGCCCAUAGACUAUAAUAUAAUCAUCAAUUAUGUCAUAAUAGAGUGACAGUACGAAGUAUUUUUUCUAUAAAGCGGUUUAAAUAUAUAAUUGAAUAAAAAAAACCUCAUACAAACCACGUCCAGCAAAACCACAUGCUCCGGCUAACAAGGUUACUAGACUUUCCUAUACUACACCUUUCUCGUUGAUAUAUUUAGUGAAAAAGUACAGCCACCUACCUUCGCACACCUAUCAUGAAGCAGCUGCUUUAAAGAAUACUCAUUCACGCCACCACCAGGGCUUAAAAUUAAAUAUUUUAUGUAUAUAGACAAAUUUUCUAUGAACUACUUAUUUUUUCAAUAAAUGACUUAUUAAAAACCUUGUAAAACUAUUGUAAUUCCAUAAUUUUAUAUACAAUUGUUAUAAUAACAUCGAUUUACAAUAUUAUUAUCGAUAGGUAUUGGUACCUAGGUACACGCGUAAAAUACAUGUGUAGGUAUUUCAUAGGUAAGAAUAUAUACCGAACGUAACACCUUCCUCCGAAAAAAAAAAAAAGGUUAAGUUUUCCUUAAGGGAAACAUAAAUCUUAAUAGCAUCGAGCUGUAUAACACUCGUACAAAGUUGUCACAAUAAAAAUAUAAGUUAGUGAUAUAUUAUAUGUAUAAUAAACUUAUCUUUUUAUUUUACAUUUUUUUUUUAAUAUUAUUUAUUUAAUCUAAUUAUGUUAGUAAUAUAUCAUAUAAAUACAAUAAUAUGAUGUAUAUAUGUGAUGUAUAUUGUAUACAUAUAAAUUGUUAUCAAACAAAGAAAAAUGUUUAACUCCAAAUUGUUGUCCAGCUAUAUUAGAAGGUAAUUAUCUAUUUUAUGAGUUUAUUACUUUUACCAAAAUAAAUGGUAUAGUUUGUAUGCAAUUUUUUUUAAAUUUACUCUACUGUCCGAAAUAAACUUGUUUGUCAUUCAAAUUUGUUAUAUUUAAUGAAAUAUCGUUGGACUUGGUCAUAUUUUUCCAGUAAAAUAUUUAUAAUAGUAUAAAAAGUAUGAUUCCGGAACCAUUUAUUUUCAUUCAGUAUUGAUUAAUUGGUUAUAUUGGGGUUAGCACAAUGUCAAUUGACCACUAAAAUGUUGACCGGUCAAAAAAAAACUAUAGUGAAUAGUGAUAUAUACCAAACAUCGUUUUUUUUUAUCAUAUUUGUUGAACAUUUAUCUUUUUAAAUGAUAUAUGAAUAUAUCACACAAUUAUCAAAAUUCACGAUUAUCAUGUGUGAUUUGUGAUACAAAUUCUUUCGUAUUUGUUUUUGUUUGGACAAAUAGAAACAGAAAACUUAUGUUCCUGGUUUCUAUAUAAAACUCUAUACAAAUAAUCAGAUUUUUUUUCUACAAUAUUUAUUAUUUAGUGUUAAAUAUAUUUUACUUACGACUUAAAAAUUAUUAUUUAAUAAGUAAUUUUUAGAAUUUUACGGUUCUCAUUCUUUUUUUCCAUUGAAAUAAAACAUGCUAACUUGAGACAUAAAAAAAAGAUUUUGACAAUUUUGACUUGUCAAAAUGUGGUCAAUUGUCCAUGUAAAAUUUUGACCGGUCAAAAACCAAACCCUAGAUUUAUUAUUAUUCAAAUUUAUUAAUACCAUUUGAUUCGCAAAUAAAAACUUCAAUAGUGAAUCUCUAUAACAGCCCUCAUGAAUUAAUUCUCAAUAUCAAAUCACGACAAGUCUAAAAAAAUGUAAAAAAACGAUAUAAUAUAUUAUACCGGUUUAAUAAUAAUUCUUCAUAAUAAAUCUCAUCAAAUAACUCAUAUAUUCUUCUUUCCAGUUCUAGAAACAAAAUAACUCAUAAAAUUAAAAAAUAAUUCUUACAAAUUUCGAUUUCGAUUCGACGCCGGCCUCUCCUAUAAAAUACACGUGAAAAACUCGUCAUAUAGACUGAAUAUAUUAUCGUUAUUAUAUUAUUAUUAUUUCAUGUCUUUCAAAAAUCGUUUGGCUCGACGAGUACGAGUAUAUAAGCGUAUAUACAAUGACCUUUCUUUUAGAGCGAUUUUUUUUUUUUAAUAAUUCGUGCCAACGAUCGAGUCAGUCAUAUUAUAAUAAGAUCAUUUUAUUUUUAAACGACUACUCACGACUCCGUAUUCGCGCCACUCUAGCCGCGUGUACAGCGCGGCUGUUUACGCCGUCCGUUUCACGUAUUAUAAUAAUGAAAAUAAUAUAUCGUUUCGUCCCGAAAAGAACCUUCACUGUCGCGCGAUUCUGUCGUGCUCCCGAGAUUUCCGAUGCUUUGGCAAUCGUUGACCAUCGUUCGGCGACCAGGGUGUGCCGACGAAAAAAAGCGCUUCCGGUGUUUUUUUUUUUUGUUCUGAUAACCUUCAAAUAACAACGAUAAAAUAUCUCAAAAACGUUCGUCCGUUUGGCGCAUCACAGCUCGCAUAGUGGAACCGUCGAAGGGUUACAUGAUUUAUCGUGAUUGUUCAUUUUUUUUUUUCAUCGUAGUUUUUUCGAAAUAAACAUAUUAUAAAAUAUGCACACUAAAAAUAAAUGCGAUUUAAAAACGUUUCAAUAACUUUUCUACCAGAAAUUUCGCUUCGAUUUUUAAAUGCAGCACCUUUUCCGAAAGAAAAUUUUAUGCGGGUGAUACAUUAGAGAGGUCAUUUUUUUGAUUUUCCGGUUUUCGUAAUUUGAUAUAAAUAAUAAAUAAUACAAAUUCUCUGUUGAUACUAAUUCAAAUUUAUUAUUCACGUGAGUAUAACACCAAUUCGCGUUCAUGUGUUUUUAGCAUUUAUUAAUGUAGUACACGUACAAAAGUUAGACUCCCCUAGUUAUUUUCGAUUUUGCUUAUUGGUAUCCAGUUGAAAAUAAUUAUAGUAAUGACCCGAAAUUGUCACCUAAUACCUGUAAUAGCAUUUUUUAUCAACAUAAAACUGUUUUCAAAACAUUUUUACGUUUUCGGGAUGAUUUAUUGAAAUUUAAGAGUUUUUAUUCAUUUUUAAGGUUAGGUUAGGUUUUUUUUGUGGAAAAAAUUUGUUUGACUUUUCGAAAAUAGUCGAACAAUAUUGGAUCAAGUCCCAUCGUCGUGGUCGUUCUCCUAUGGUACUAUAAAAAUAUCGAAAAUCCGUAGUCACGAUUUUUGUUUUCUUGUGUAGAGUAUAAAAUUUAAAUAUUGAUGGAAAUCGUCAAAAUCAAGGCAUUUCACGUACUAUCUAUUUCCGUAUGAAACUUAUUUGUCUCCAUACAAACGUUCAACAAUUUGAGACGAAAAAACACGGACAAUUGCAGUAUUAAUUUCGUAGUUACAAAUUAAUAUAAUUUUCAAAAUUAUUAACAAAACAUGUCUCACCGAACUUUGCACAAAAUCAUUUUUCAUUAACAAUGAUUAACCGUUGCUUACAGAUCGACAACAGGUUGUCAUUUAUAUGAUGAUCAAUGAUAGCAUUUUGAAGACCACCUAGUCGGCAUUUCACAAUAAUCUAAACAUUCGUCUUGUGUAUCGAUGGUACGAAAUAUCGUAUUUUACACAUUUUUUCACAGACUAUUGUGAUUUGUUUAGUAACUGAUGUUUCGAAAAAAGUAAAAACGUCAACCCGGUUGUCUUCGAGUACCGUCAUCGUAACCUACGCAUUUUUACAAUAGGUGUUUGGUCUCUAAAACUUAUUUUAAAGGCCAAUUCGUUUGUAGCACGUGAACAAAAAUUUGUUCGCUAUAUUGACCGUUAUAAAGACAGAGAGGACAAAUGCUACUGUGACGGCUUUUUAACGUGUAACGCCAACGAUUAUUGACAAUUUUUUUUUUUUAUAAAUAUGACGUAAGUUUUAUGCAUCAGACAAAUCAAUAUAAAGUACUUAUACGUGAGUACCAAGAGCAAUAAUCACGAUUUAGGUUGAAUAAUUAUUCUAUGCUUCUACGUCUAUAUUUACUCCGCGAGUAUAUUAUGUAUGGUAAUAAAUGUUAAAUAGAAAAUAUUGCGUUUUGGGGCUGAAAACAUAGGUAUACACAUAUAUUUAUAUUUGUUUUUUUUUCGUGGCGAAAAGAGUUGGCUGUACUGGCCGACCAAUCGAUAUUUUCAAUGUUUUUUCGUCUACGGACGACGCGAACUUACACUAUGAUGUAUAGUAUGACGCGUGUAAUGCAAUAUAAUAUUAUAUUAGGUUUAUAAUAUCGCGUAUUUGUGUCGUUUAUUCUAAUAUAGAUAAGAACUUUGGAAUUAUCGAUUCACAUCGAUUGGUUAUGUAAGUAAGAAUAAUUUCUUUACAUAAUCUAUGUAAUUUUCGGCUUUUAUCUGGCGAUAAACAAAAAUUUUUACAACGGUUUUUGUUGUUUUUUUUUUAGGGAUUUGAAGCCCAAUACUUUUGCAGAUACACUUCAUCAGGAUAAGUAAGUAAGAGUAUACAUUUAUAGAAUUAUUGAUUUAGCGAAUUUUGUAAAAAAAAUUAGUUUUAAAAUUAAAAUUGCUUAAAUGCCACAUUUUAUAUUUCGCGUUUACAAAACGUAUUAUUAUUUCGAAUUAGUCUAAAUAUAUGUUUAAUUAUGUAGGCAAUAAGAUUAUCUUUGGUCUCGGGGAAGACAAUGCUUGAGUCAAUUUUGAAUAGUUUUCAAUACAAGUAAAUUGAAUUUUGAAAAUUGCUAAAUUUCUAAAAACGGCCUAUCUUAAUAACACCGUUUUAAGUGGCAUAUAAUUAGCAUUAUAGCAUUAGCAUAUAAUGCUAUAACCUUAUUUAUGCCUUAUUCGCCAAAAAUAUAAGUAUACAUAGUAGGGAUUUUUUUUAGAUUUUUUGUCCAAUACCAUGUGUUAGAAUACGCAUACAUGUAUACCAUUUAGAUCAAACAAUAAAGGGAAAAAACUAUAUUGUAACUAAAUUGUAAAAAAAAAAAUGCCAGCAAUUGAUCGGAACCAAAGAUAUAGUAUAAUGUGUGACGAUAUAAAAUAAUAUAGUGUGUGCAAAUGUAUACAAAUUAAUGGAAAAUUAAAAUAUUGCACAUACGAUCCCUAAUCGGUAAAUUGUUGGUAAAUAAUUAUUCGCAUGUACCGUGAUAAUAAUAAUUCGCUUUUUUAAUCAGAAAUGCUAAUUAUUUUUUAUGUUUGUUCUUAAAUUAUAUCAUGGUUAUACGUUAACUAUUGAUAAACUUGUUCAAUUAAAAUAAACAGUUUUUUGUCUUUUUUACACAUAUAUGCAAUAGAACAACAAUAUUUACGCGGGCAUACGAAAAAACAAUGCAAUAUGAUUAUCGCAAUAAUAAUUCGAAUACCUGCAACUUAAAUGACAAAAUAUUUAGUAAACAAGAAUAAAUCGUUCCAACAUAUUUAGUGAUUCGUUUAAACGUUGAUUAAUUUAUAAUGAUUGUUUGGGAGUGGACUGUUAGAGAUUUUUUUUUUUUAUACAUGUGUGUCGCCAACCUAUAAAUUGAUACUAAAAAAGGUCAAUUUUCGAUUAAAAACACUAAAAACGUCAGUCACUCUUUAGUGGUUGAAUGGAGGCGAUAAAAAGUCUAGAAACAUAGAGAUUUUCCAUUUAAUCCACUCUUAAUCCUGAUCGAAAUAAAAUUGUGGAUUCGUAUACAAAUUCAACAUAAAUGGAACUUGAUUUAAUAUACGUACAUAUUAUACUUUUAGAUAAUUUUUCAAUGCUCAACAGUUUGAUUUUUUUUUUUUUAUUCGCGUUUAACACGGCAUACGACGGCGGCUGAAGCCCCUUUCCUACCCCCGGGCACGCCACUGUACUAUAAUGAAAAUCAUUUGUACGAUGUAAUAUAUUUUGUAAGAUAGGUGGUUUUUUUUUUCGAUUUUGAGUAUAUGACGGAUGGCGGUGUUGCAGAUGUUACUAUAACGUCUGCUUUUUUUUAUUUCGUCCGUUUGCAACGUUUCUACCAGGUACAUUAUUGUUCAAUAUCAAAGGUAUUCUCCGGUGUAGCGAAUUGUAUCUAUAUCUUUACAAGUACUCAUCACUAUAAUUUAUAAGUUACUAUUAGGUACAAUAUAUUAUACAGAAAUUGAACAUGAAUCAACAGUAUAUAGGUAUUUGAUUAUAUUAUUAUGGGUGAGUUUUUUUUAAAAACAUUUUAUCGUCGUACGGUCCAAGUCCUGUAUACCUAUGCUAAAUACGCAACACAAUAAUUAUAUCGUAAUAAUAUUAUUAUUAUAUGUUAACACACGCAGUAAUUUUGAAGGUCGCCCGGUUGGUCGGUCGGUCAUUAUAAUAAUACAAUAUAGGUAGUAAAAUAUCGUAUAAUAGCAAAGCUGUGAGGUGACUUGUUCAAUAACAUUGUAAUAUCGGUUAUUAUUUAGUAAAUUUAUUUUCAAACGAAUAUACCUACCGUAUUUAAUUGAAAUUGAUUAUGUUUUCCGUACGAAUAUGAAUAAAUAUAAAUAAUUUUUUUUUUUUAUAUAUAUAUAGAGACUAUUAUUGCACUGUAUUGCGUGUCUAUUAUAUAAUUGUGUAUCUUUUCCCGGUACAUUCGGAUACUUUUGGCGGUGCUCUUUAGAGGUCAAAAAGAGGUCAAACUCAAAAACGGGAAUUACAGUUUAUUGUAAAGGCGGAUUGAAGUGAUCAAAUUUCGGUCGAAUUUCAAUAUAAGCUCCACCUUGUUGUUGGAGAAUGAGGGUGUUCUUUAGCCUUGUACGCCCCUGUAGACUCUCCAAAUGAAGCCAGAGAAACAAAAUGUUGUGUAUGCACGGUUUAAAUACAAUAUUGGAUAUACUUUUUGGUGUUUUCCAUUUUCAACGUUCUCUAAGAUCAUGUUUUUUGGAUUUUAAAUAACUUUACACUCGUAAAAGUUGGUAACACGGUAAAAAUGUGUGCAUACAUAAAUAUAAUAAUUGUUGUCGAGGAUGUGCAUUAAGGUUUGAACUUACAAAAAUAACAGCGACCUUUUUCGGUUAAGAGAUAUGACGGAUAAUUUUCCUUGUUAUUUUCGUUCGCAGCAGCUGUGGAUCGUACAGGCAUAUAUAAUCUAAUGUUACGCCACUGUCGGCAAUAUUAUAAAAAAGGACAAAUGUAAUCAACAUAAUAUAAUGUUAAUAGCCUGUUAGCGGUAUGGCAAUGAUAAUAACUAAAACGUUUUACAAUGCAUAAUAGUAAUUCCAUUAACGAAAACUAUAAAAUAUCAUAUUACUCGCCAAAAGACAAAAAUUGUUAACACUAGAAUGUCCACCGGAUAAUAAUUUUUAUGACCGAUGAACUUGUGGUAAAUUUAUUUUUAUACAUUUUGGAUUCCGAGUGUAGCGAGAGAGCUAGUGGUUUUACAAUGCUGUUUAAUUUUUUUCAUUGUUCUAGUCUGUGGACACGUUUUUCAUAGUAAACUUGCUUCGAUUAUUACGAACCGCAAAUUUUCUGAAACAUCAAGUUAUCUAGAUGGUGCUUUAAAAAAGUCAAUUUUGAUUUUCGAAGCUAUUUUUUAAAUAAAAGCACUUAAGUGGGAAAAAACGUAGGAAAGCGUACAAUUUCUCGAUUUCAUUAUUUUAUAAAAACACAGACGACGUUUUUUACCAAAAAAAUGAUUUAUUCGAAAAAUCACAAAAUAUCUUUUUUAUUGCCUUUUUGAUUUACUUUCUUACGAUAUCAUCACCAAAACUUUUGAGCAUUUAAGGAAUUUUAAUUUUUGCUAAUUGUUUGCUGUAAUUUGGUUAUAAAUACACGUAGAGACUUGAAACUUGGAUAUAAUACUUAUAUUGAAUUUACCUAGACGCGCAAAAAUUUCCAAAAUUAUCGGACGACUUAAUUUUUUUUUUUAUAAGCGUUUUAAAAUCAAAUUUAAAUGAAAAUCGCAAACAAUUUACGGCACUUCAAAUUAUGUACUACCGAACUGCGCUCGGAAUCGUCUAUCGUCAGCAACGGUUUAUCGUUGCUUACAGAUAUAAAUGAAACAACCUUAUGUAUCCUACCUUCUCGAUUUCCCACCUACAACAGUGGCUGCAUCCGUCCCCAGUUUCAGCUCUCUUUUAUAUAUAUAUAUAUAUAUAUAUAUAUAUAUAUAUUUAUUAUUUUAUUUUUUUUAUCAUAAUAAUCUGAACCGUUGAAUUUUGGCGGAUGAUUUUAUAAAGAAGUUGUUGGUCGGUUUUAAAACGACGCAAUAUACCUUCUAAACGUCUUAAUAUAUUGACGUAAUCUUUUUUUUUCUGUUCGGUUUCUAUUUUUAAUACGAUAUUACAUAUCACUAUUUAAAGGUAUUUUUUUUUUAAGAAGGUUAUCUGUGUCGAAUGGACACACGGUUAAAUCCGUUAGAUAUUCCGCAGUAGAAUAAGAUUACGUUUAGAGUUGUGUUCGCUAAAAAUUAAACGGUGAACGAUUGAAUUAGUACGUUAUUUGUCCGUACCAAAAUAUUAUAUUUUAUGUUAUAGGAAAUAUUCUCACUGGUGGGGGAGGGAUACUGGAGAAUGAACCAAAAAUAAACGGGGAGGCUCUUGGUCUGUCUGCUGGUGGAGCUCUUUUUUUUUUAAUAGACAGGGAGCACAGUAGACACGCGGUGGAAAUUCUCUAAAAACAAAAAAUGGUCGGACAUCAGAUACGUUAUUAUUAUUUUGUUUUGAAGAGUACGCUGAAGAAUAAUAUGACGAAUGAGUAAUACAUAUUGAUAUUUGAUAAUGGACUGACGCUAUAAUCAAUGCGUUAAAUAACAGUCGACAGGUGGUUCUAGGACGUGUAAUCGUUUGCACAGAAUACUACUAUCAGUGUCCGAUAAUAUAAUUUAAUAUUAUUAUUAUUAUUGUUGUUGUUUUCGCAAUGUUUUAUACGCACGUGGUCGUGUUUACGAUAUUUACUAUUCAGGGAGCAUGUGUUGGCCGCAAUAUCGCUCGACUCCGGCAUAUUUUUUUUUUUUUUUUUUGCUUUUUUUUUAUUGAGAUAAAACUAGUACAGAUCUGCGCAUAUUAUUGUCCUACUGUGAGCCACACAAAUAAAUAUAACAAAAUAUUUAAAUUGAUAAAUCUCUUGUUAUUCAUGUGUUCGCACAGCGCGUAUCUACAGGCAUAUUAUUACUGUAUUACACUCGUAUUGUAUUGUUAUCUGUUUGUGUGAAAAAAAAAUUCUAUUUACACAGAUAGGUAACCCAUUUGAUUAUUUUAAGAAUGAAACGGCGAGGGUAAUAUUACAAAAUAUUAAAUAAUCGAGAAUUAUGCACAAAUAAAAUAUAUUUAUUAUUAUUAUUAUUAUUAUUUUUAACUUAACGUUGUGGACUAACGGAAACGAUUCAAACAAAAGCGUCACGAUAACAACAACACCAAUGUGAAAAUGAUUAUUUUUUUCUUUUUGGUUAGAUCACGUAAUCACCACGUUAUAACGUUAAUUUUACAAUAACCCAACCUGACCUAACCUACCGCGAGCGCCGUUCUUGCCACGUCAAAUUCGAAUUGUCCGGACUCCACUGCGUAUUUAGUAAAUCUAUCGUAAAUAAUUCUGUGGCGGGGUGCAAGAACACAUUUUGUGACUAUCGGGAAAUAGGUUGGACAUUUUAAUUCCCCAUGAGGUUCUGUGUAUUCUAUUAAAUGUCAAUGAUCGUGUAAAUUUCAAUUUUUACAAGAUACAGUUUUAGAAAAUAAAAAAUGUAUGUUUUUUCUUGUUUUUAUUUCGAAAAAUUGAAAUUGGCCCAUUCUUGCACCAAGCCACAGAUAAUAUAUUUUAUACAUGGGUACUCGUAUAUUGGAAAGGGCACGUGCACUAUACAUACCAGUUAAACGAGGAUUGUGUAUUAUAAUCAUACCAUGUAAUAUUGUAUAUUAUUAUUAUAAUUUAUAAUCAUUAUUUAUAUUUAUAAUUUAUGUUUAUACAUUUUAAAAUAUAUAAUUUUAAAUAUCAAACUAAUAUAUACUUAUAUAAGUAUGUUAUUCCUGCGUUUUAAUAUAGUCUUUCGUAGCAUCAUCGAAUAAUGAUCGCAGUUAAGUUAUGUGUAUAGGUACGCCGUAAGUGUUUAACUAAAAAUAAUUUAAAAAUAAAAAAAAAAAACCAUUUUAUAAUAAUACUUUUUGACUCAUUGGCCAUUUAUAAAAUAUUAUAAUAUUCGUGCGGUGAUUAAAAUGCACGUAUAGGGAAAUCAUAAUAAUAAUACAAGAUUUUUGGUUUUGUAAACUUUCUAAGAGUUAGUUAUAAAUAGAUGCCGUCAUCAUAAAGCGUAGAAAAUGUGAAAACAUCUGAAGGAAGAGCUGAUACUGGGGACGGGCGUGCAACCGCUGUUUUAGUUGGGCGAUUGGGAAGAUGGGAUACAUAAAACUAUUUAAUUUAUACCUGUAAUCAACGAUAAACUAUUGCUAACGAAAAAUGAUUCGGAGCGAAGUUUGCGCACAAGUACACAUUAUGUUUAUACGUGUUUUGAAAGACCUAUGAUUUCGUAAAAAAUUUGAUUUUUAAAUUCUUAUAAAAACAAAAACUACAGCAUUAUUAUACUCGAUAUAUUUUUUUGACCACUAAUUACGGCUUAUAAUGUACGUUCUGUCAAAUUGAUAACUAUUACUGUUUAGUCUAAGAAUUUUCUCCUCAGAUAAUAGUACCUAACAAAUAAAAAUUACAUAUAAAAUUUGCAAAAUGAAUAAAACUAUACAUAACUCUCAAAUGGUUCAAAUGUUGUUUUAAAAAUUUUACCACGACUAGAAAAAGAACACAUAAGUUUUUUUGUUCGAUUUUCAAGUCUCUACGAAUAUUUUAAACUAAAUUACUUUUGAAAAAAAAAUUAUUAAAAUAAUAAAAGAAUUAUUUUCGUAAAUUUUUCCAUACUUUCUACGUAUUUUUCGAUUUUGCUCAAUUAUUAAUAAAACUACAGAGAAAAUAAAAAAAAAAAUUAGUUCUCACAAACUAGAUUUAAUGUUCAACAAAAAAGAUCAAUUAUCGUUUGUCUAAUGGAGCAAUGGUGGAAAAAUAAGUUGCAAAAAUUAAAAUAAUUAAACCGAGACGUAGACGUAAUUAUUAUUGAAUUUAAAAUGUUUGGUUUUUCACAAUUUUCAUGAAAACUACUUUGAACAUCAAAACAUGACCUCUUUGAUGCACCAAAUAGAUAAAAUUUUCUUUCAGAAAAAGUACUGAACUCAGUACAUCGGAGCAAGAUUUCGUUUCGAACAGUUGUUUACAGACAGAAAAAAAAAACACAAAUCUUAUAGUAAAAUCAACACAUCUCUCGCUACACUCCGAAUCAAAAAGAAACUAUUUUGUUUGAAUUGUUUGCAUUAUAAGUUCACUGAUAAUUCACUGAUUUCUCCAAUACAGUACUUUGAAAAAGUCGAAUUUUCAAUUUGAUAGGUACGACUUCCCAAUACUUAAUAAAGUUGCUAGGUUAGGGAAAUGUUUCGAUGUACUUUCUAAAAAAUGUUAUUUUUUUUUUCAUCUGAUAAUAUUCUCGGUUAGGUAGUGACAAAUACUUCAAAUCGCCAACAUGGUGUAAAUCUAAAGAAAGGACACAAUUUUCUACAUUCCCCACUUGAUUGUUGAUCUGCGGAUUACCUUGAGUACAAGGUAAAAAAAAAAACGACCCAUAUAUAAAUGUCUCAUCCUAUCGAUUAAUCGAGCCCCGCUCAGAAUCAUUGUUUGAUUGCAAUGAAUAACUUUUAUAAACUAAAUAUCACCUUGUAGCCAACAUACCUUCCGAAUACUUUACCGACAGGAGUGGCCUACUUGUGGCGCGAAGUGUAUCCGUAUUUUUAAUGUUUUAAUUUUAUUUUUAUUUUCCUAUACCAUUUAUUUUGUAUACAAAACAUAAUUAUAUUAUGUAUUUGAAAAAUAUGUUUAUGUUUAAUUGCACUUAAAAUAAAUUCUGUUUUACGAUUAGCAACGUUGACCUCCAAAACAAUCCUUAUUUUGUUUGUUUGUUUUUUUUUUUGCCUACAAUUUCACAAUUCGAGGUGUUUUUUUUUCUCGCAGGGUUUGUUCGUAACGAACAACAUUAUAGAGUACGCGUACGGUACGUAUUGAUUGCAGCCGGAUUGGCCGAGUAAAAGUAAUAAAAUUACUAGCGUAUAAUUAUAGUAGCAAACGAAAACAUGCGUAAUAAAUCUUUUCUCAUGGUCUUUUUUCCACUGUCCGGCGACGGUGUGUAGUGGUGUUGAAUAAAAUUAUUAUUAAACUCAACGCGCCAAUACGUUUAUCAUAUUAUUAUUUUUAUUGUUAUUAUUAUUAGUAUUAGAACACGUACUUCCGACUCCACGGUGUUGCGCGACGACACGCAAACGAAGGAACCAAUAUUAAUGCGAAUAACAUCGUGAAGAAAAAUAAAAAAAAAAACCAUUGACGAUUUUCAGCGGUAAAAACGUGCGUCAGGGCGAUGGGAUUUCGACGUUUCAUUGGUAGAUUUGCGAAGCUUUAAAGCGUGAAAAAGCACUACAAAAAAAGACGGACAUACUCCGCACGUGGGUGUGCCACUGUUGUAGGUAAGAAAUUGGGCAGGUAGUGGAGGAGAAAUUUGAUGUAUGUCUGUACGCAACGAUUAACCGUUGCUAACGAAAAUACGACUAUUGGGAAAAUUUCUUGGAAAAUCGAAAAAUAACCUUCCUAAAGUACCACCCCGGUAAGAUUUCAUUUCAGAAUAAAUGUGAUUGUUGUAAAUCGGAACAGAAUUGCUGAUAGAAAAGUUGUCCAUCAAUACAUUUCUCGUUUCACUCAGAAUCUAAUAUUUGAAAAAACGAAAAUGGUAGAUAGGUUUUAAAAGUUCUUUACUCUAAAGGCUCUAACACGUUAACACUUAAAAAUACAAUUUCACAACAUUAUAGCAAUGAUUAACACGCAGUAAUUGUUUUGAUUAUACGUACUUACAAUUGUCUUAAAAAAAAUUAUCACUUUAAUCGUUUUUAGUAGUGUUUUGGGAGUUCGAACCACUUAAAUGUAUGUUUUUUGCGCACCAAACAAUUUUGCUUCUACGAUACUUUUGAAAUAUAAUGUGUGGUAAAAAAUUAUAGUUUAUAUUUUAGACUAUUGAUCUUACAAAUUAUUUGAUUUAUUUAUUAUUAGUAUAAAUGUAUCUUUUUCGUAUGUUUUUUCAUAAGAGUGGAGGCAUGAUGAAACCUGCGCGCGGGCCUGACCGUGGAUUUUUAUUUAUUACCAAAUAUCCCCAACGGCAACAGACGCAACAAGCAAAUAAGACAAUAAAAACAAAUAAAUAUCAGUUGGAUAAUGAAAACGAAAUUGUUUUAGUUAGUGGCUUACGUAGGAUCACAAAGAAAAACAUAUUGCUUAUCCAAAAAAAGUAGAAAAACUAGUAUACAAUUUUUUUUUUAACUAUCGAAAAAUAAAAAAAAAUAAUUUUCAAAUUUCAUAUCUGAACUCGUAACAAAACAUACAUUUACAUAAUAUAUUUUACUAUAUUUAAUAUCAAGUCGAAAAAAGCAAAUGCUACAAUAAACCCGAAAACUACUUAUUACUUGAACUCUAUUGUUUGGGAAAAAAACAAUUCAUUUUAAAUAUAAGCUCAUUAAUGAACUGCCUAGUUACUUUUUAUUUAAUGAACUCGCUUAUUACAAGUUCAUUUGUAAAUGAACUUUAGUUUAUUGUAAGUUAAUUUUACUAUUGAAUUUUUGUUUAGCAUUAAGCACGUAGUCUCGAUGAUUUGAUUAAAUAUCAUAUAAAUUAUACAAGGCUGUACCUGAGGAAGUUUUGGAGGUUCGGUUCAAUAACCUAUACAAUAGUAUAAUAAAAUUAGAACAUCGAACAUUUUUUUAUUUAUAACCCCCCCCUUACCGAAUUUAUUUUCCAGUUACAGAAUUAAUAUUAUGUACGAUGUAUGAAUAGUAAGUCGAUAAUAUUUAAAUACUCUCAAGAGGUCGUCAUAGUAGAAUUUGACAUGUUUCUUUCGAACAAUAAAGCAAAAUUGCGGUAUCUACUUAGAAUUUUAAUUGUAGUGGAUUGACAGCGAAAAUUAACUAUAUUUUUUACCUAAAUUGUCAAUGUAAAACUUAAUUAAUUACUUUAAUGUCGACGUUGAUCAAAUUAUAGUAAGUUCAAGUAUAAUGAAAACAAGACCUUAAUUUUUUUAUUAAUAAAGUCAAUUAACAUAAAUUAUGAACUUAAUUCAUGUUUUGUUUGAACUUCAGAAGGACCAACGAGUUCAUAUUUUGGAUUUUGAGCGGAGCGAGGAAUUUAUUGGUUUUACGAUGAUAUUUAUUUAUUUUUAUCUUUAAACGACUUUUCUACGAGAAAUCUUACUCCAAUUUUCAAGUGUUGUACUCUUUCUGAAAAAAUGUUUAUGUGGUUGGUACUUUGAGGAAGUCAUUUUUUUUAUUUUUCAAUCCGUUUUCACUGGCCAUUCAAUUGGGAAAAAUUGGAAAAAACGUAGGACAAACGGAAAAUUUACGAAAUAUAUUAUUUUCAAUUUUGAUUGUAAUUCGGUUAAACAAAUUCGUAGAAAUUUUAUAUUCGGAUAUAAAACAUACAUUUUCCUUUUCUAUAUGCGUGUUAUAAUUUUCAAAACAUUUAUGCCGUUUUUGAGCUACCUAUAAACAUUUUAACUUUGCCAGUUUUUUUUACGUAUUUUUUAUUCGGUAGCUAGUAUUCUACGGAUAAAACUGUUUGACCAAACGGAAAUGCUUGAAAACUGAACAGUAUAAGUUCAUUAUAAGUAGUAUAAUCGGUGGUAAAAAAAAAAAUUGAGUGUAAUGUAGAAUUUAUUUUUUCCUAAGAAUUUUUAGUAUCAAAUUAUGACGAAAAUCGUCAAUACGAGAUUUAGAUAUUAAAUAACGAGACUGCGCGCGCAGAGAGCGUUCCAAAAAGGUUAGAGGAAAACCGAAUACAGCGCUGGUUAGCUGGAAGUGUCUAUUAUGCCAGUACAAAAUUGGGUUUUUGUUGGUGCAUUAGUAUUUUUUCUGAAGCGUUUAGAAACGAACAUGUUUUUUUCUCUUGCCGAAAACGAUGUGUGACGAAAAACAUGAGCAACGGAUAAACGUAAAAUUUUCUCGUUAAACUAAAAAAAAACUACAACUGAGUGCUAUAAGUUGUUAAAAGAGGCCUAUAGUGAGGAUUUCCUAUCUCGGGCGCGUGUUUUUGAGUGGUAUAAAUUAUUUUCUGAAGUCGAGAGUGCACCGGAAUCCAAUUCAGUCGUAAUUCAAAUUCAAAACCAUGCUGAUCGUUUUCUUCGAUAUCAACGGCAUCGUGAUGACUGAAUGGGUUCCAGAGGGUCAAACUGUGAAUCAACAUUACUAUUUGACAGUUUUGGCAACAUUGCGCGAAUGAGUUCGUAAGAAACAGUCGAUAUUGUGGAAAAAUAAGUCGUGGAUCUUGCACCAGGAUAACGCACCUGCCCAUAACGCGCUGUCUGUGAAGCGUUAUUUGGCCGCUUAAGGCACUCCAGUACUCGAACACGCGUCUUACUCACCCGACUUGGCACCCUGCGACUUUUACUUGUUUCCGAUGAUAAAGUGUGCCCUAAAAGGAAUCCGGUUUGAGUCGAUGGAAGAGGUGAAACAAAAAUCGGCGGAACUCCUGAAUGGUCUUACGAAAACAGACUUCCAGUACUGCCUCGAGCAAUGAAAGAAACGAAUGAAACGGUGUGUGAAGAGGGGAGGAGAGUAUAUUGAAGGGGAACAUUUGGUUGUGGAAUAAUUUUUAAAAUAAAACGAUUUUUCAUAAGCAGUCUCGUUAUUUAAUAGCCAGACCUCGUAUUACGGCUUUUCAAAACACACGAUGUAUAAUAACCGAACUCCGUUCAGAAUUAUUUUAUUUUUUUCGUUACCAAAGAUAUUGAUCGUUGAACGCGGAUGUACAUUAUAUCCUCCCCUAUAUAUAUAUAUAUAUAUAUAUCCCUAUAACUUCCCGACUUCUCGUCCACAACAGUGGCCCGCCCGUCGUGCGAAGUGUGUCGAUCUUUUAUUUUUAUUUUUAUUUUUUUUUCAAACCGUUCGAACGUACGGAUGUCCGAGCCGAUAACAAACGCCGGCGGUGGUCGUCGUCGAAACUCGAAAACCCCAUCAAGACACGCACAUGUAACGGUUAUUACGAUGAUGAUAUUGGCGAAUGGGACCCGCCACCGCGAACGAUAAUAAUAAUUUUGCGCAUCCGGUGAUGUACGGGUGGUAUUUUUAAAACGUUGUUUUUCUUGCUUUUUUUUUUUUUCUUGGAUCCACGUCCGAACGUCCGGCACACUAUUUUAUUAUUAGUAUUUCAGUUCGCACGCCGUCGCCGCCGUACGCGACACGCUCUCGGAAUUAUAAUAAUAUUAUCGUAUUAGCAUAUAUUAUUAUCAUCAUUUGUUUGCAUGUGUGUUUGUGGGCGCGCGCGCGCGCGCGCGUGUGUGUGUGUGUGUGCGUGCGUGUAUCCGUAGUUUUUCGUCCGUGUCCGGGGCACGAAAAACACGUGCGGACAAAAAUAAAAACUGACAACAACAAAAAAAAAAAAAAAACGAAUAAAAAAUAUUCGUACGAGAAAAUCGUAUACCUAUAUACCCACUCGGACAUUGUUUCCUUCCGUUUCAGUUUUGGUAUUGAUUUUAAGCGAAACGAACCGAAUAAUAUAUACAUAUUAUCUUUUAUCUUUUUUAUCAUUUUCGUGAAAAUAUUUAAAAAAAAAAAAAAAUGAUAAAAAUAUACCCAGAGAAGGAUGAAAUGUCCCAAAAGUGAACAAAUUAUCCUAUGAUACGGAACAAAAUAACAUCGCUUUACCGUAAUUUUAUUUUAUUACGAACAUAGAGGCCGCGGGCCUUUACGAGUAAACAACAGAUAUUGACAUUGGAAUUACACUGUUAUCCGGGAAAGGAUGUAUAAACGUGUAUAGAGAAGUAAAGAAAUACGAAAGUAAUAACAACAAGCAAACAGUUAACGAAAACGACGGAAAAGAUGCUAAAAUAUGAUUAAUUAUAAGCGAUCGAAUAAGAGAGUUGAGGGGCGAGUCGACAUUUCAUCGGUGCAUAUAAUAAUAGCGAUAUGUUACGAAAAUGUCGCGGUAUUCCGCGUGAACGAAACCCGAGGCGAAGCGCGUACAGAAAAAAAUCCCAUUUGCUCGGGGAAGUUGACAAUUGUGUGAAACAGAAUUCCGAAAUAGCCGGACAUACUGCGCGCCACGGAUUGGCUCGCUAAAACAAAACCCAUCCGGCCCUAUCUAUCUAACUGACCUAGUCGCUAGGGAUACACGGUUGUUAAAAACAAAUAUCGUUCGAUAUUUUCGAUUAAUAACGCGUGAACGGCCUAAAGAAAAAAAAAGCCCCGUAUCGCGCGACGGCGAAAUAAAACGAGUAAUCCAAGUACGGCGAAAUCUCGUCAAAACGAUCGUAAAAACAGGCAAUCUUAAACCCGCGUUUCGCGUGAUUGCGUGAUAGGCGGCAUCCUGGCUAAAAGUGUUUUAAACGGAAUACCACAGGCGGAAUAAACUGUGAAAAGAUUUCAUAGCGUUACGUGUUGUUUAUUUAUAUAACAGCGCAAAUCAAAUAAAAACCAUCAAAAUACAAAUUUCAAUUAAUGUUAACUUCGUGCGCAUUUACAACAGAGUUGUGAUAAGUUGUGAUAAGUGCCUGUCUCAAUGACGAUAUUGAUUGCACAGUGCUCGCGAGUGAAGGCGGCGGUGGACAGUAUUCGUCCGUUAAUCCGUCGUCCUCUGGACCAUCUGGUUCAUCGUUGGCUGUACAGCCCGGUUGAUAAUUACUUCUUGAAGAUCGAGAAUCUCGCCCGUAAUAAAUUGGUCGUCAGCGAACGCGCAUCGGUUUUUUUUUUUUUAUCGACGUAUUGAACGGGAUUUUUCAAUGUUAAAAGGCACGGGAGGCCGGAAAAGAGAGCGCGGAAUUACGUAUAUUAGGCUUAUUAAGCGUUUUUUUUUUCCAAUGUUAAAAGAUCUACAGAUACCCGAGACCGGAAAAAAAUCCACGUAUUAAACGGAAUGGCGUAUUGAGCGGUUUUUUAAAAGUAAUAUUUGCGAUUUGAAAAUAAUACAUUACGAAAGUACCACUGUCAGUCACAUAUGCUUUCAGACAAGUGCUAUGAGUAAAAAUCGGAGCAAAAUUGCUGGUAGGAAAAUUGUCAACAGAAAAAAAAAAAUUAAAAUUAAAAAUAAAUAUAAUUGUAAAACCAAUACACUCCUCGCUCCGCUCAGAAUCUAAAACAAUAUUGUCACUGGCAACCGUUUUCAUUUACUUUAACAGUACUCGCAGACGGCACGGCGCGCCGUUUCUUUUAUCCCUUUAUGCGCCGACAAUUUAUAUUAAUAUAAAACCAACGAUCCGAUUGUGAAUCUAUAUGUAUGUAUACAUAUAUAUGGAUUGAUAUUUUAUUGACGACGCCGAACCUUGAAUACCGUCCGAAUUUCCGACUUUUCCGGUAGAUUUUCCACAAAUUUCCUUUUACACAGACCUUUAUUAUUAAUUGUAUCGUCAAUUUGCUGUUGUUGUAUAAUGAAAACAUGUGACCUGACCGUCAAUUGUCGAAUUAUUUUCGUUGACUUACCUUGGCGGUACGCAGGAAAUAAUAAUAAUAUCAAUAAAAAGCUUAGAGAGUCUCAUACAAAAAUAACCGUCCGAAUUCACGAGUUUUCCGGCGGAUUUUUCAAACAUUUCCCAACGAUUGCCCCGUACUCGCCGACGACGAGUCGUCGCAACAAUAAUAGAUACAGACGGAGAAACAUUUCGAGAACCUGACGUCGUACAUAAUAAUAAUAAUAAUAGAUAGAUAGCGGGUGAGGGGCAGGGAGUGAAAAAAACAACAAUUUAUAGUCUCAUACCCUCGAGGUAAAUGUCGGACUUGACGUACAUGGGAUAACGUACUGUAUGACCUUUCGCACCUUGACGACAUACAUAUUUAUGAAAUCAUUUCGAUUCACAGUCGGCCGUAUAACGGAAGAGUUCGGUAUCAUAAGAAACCGAAAAAAUAAAUAAAUACCGAGGUGACAGAUCACGAUGGUAUUAUAAUUUAUACAGGCGAGCGUAUACGGUACGUGCGCGGGCGACUGAGCGUCUUCGACCGUGUGAAAUCAUAAUAAUAUUGCAUAAUUGUAUAUUCGUUAAAAAAAUAAAACAAAACAAAAAUCUAUAACGCAGACUCUUAGACGCUCGGGGCUUAGAGACGAAACUAUAAUAUUACAGCUAAUAAUAAAUAAAUACAUAACGAAACUAUGAUAUUAUCCUAUAAUAGGACUAUCCACCAAAAACAUAUGACAAAUUCAGCGGAGUUGCCAACAUUGAAGGGUAAAAUGUAGGACUAAAAAAAAAAAAAAACAAGGACUUUCCUAAGUAAUGUGUUUCAGGACGAUCUUGCUGGACGCAGGACAAAUGGAACGACUGUAGGACAAUGCUCCCCGAUGUGAGACGGCGGGGAACUGGCGCUCGCGUCAGCGGUUUUAGUCGUUUUUUCAUUCUGAACGUAAAUCGGUUUUACAAUGACGUUUAUUUUUUUUUUUGCGCACGACUUUUCUAUACAAGCAAAUUCGCUCCGAUUUUCUAUUACAGCACGUUUUCUGAAAGGAAAUCUGACUGGGAUGGUACUUCAGGGGGUAAUUUUUCGAUUUUCUCAAAAGUUUUCAUAAUAAGUGGAGAAAACCGGGAAAAAACGUAGGAAAAACGGGAAAAUAGCUAGGUACAAUGACAAACGAAUAUAAAAUACAUAAUUUACAUGCAAUUAUUUUACCAUAAUAUGACAAAUAUAUUGUUGACAAAGCAACACCGAUCAACCGAACUCCGCUCAGAAUCGUUUUUCGUUAGCAAUGGUUAAUCGCUGCGUUACAGAUAAUAUACAUUAAACUUCCCUUCUACCUUCCUAAAUUCUCACUUACAACAGUGGCCCACCCGUCGUACGAAUAAGUAUGUUUUAUUUGUUUUUUUUUUUCUAUUACGAGUGACUGCGAAGAAUGCAAUGGCUCGCAAAACGGCAAAAAAAAAAAUUUAAAAAAACGUUUGAUCGUGCGAUCCAGACGAUCCAGUCACUGCGAUCACGAGGGGUUCUAAAGACAUAUAAUCGACAAUUAUUGUUGUGUCCCGUGUGUUCGUGUGUAAUAACGUAAUAAAAUAAUUAUUUUUCAACCGUUUCGUCCGUUUCGUUUAUUAUUCACGGUUAAUGGUAAAUCGCAUACUCGGAUUGAUGAAUUUUAUAGAAUUAUAAAAUUAUUAAAUGUUCAAAGCCGAAGUUAGCUUGGUCUUAGUUUCGGACCGGCCCAACUCCGGUGUGUACCUAGUGGCCUUGCUUUUUUUUUAUCAUAAACUUCGACUUUGAAUAGGUAUUUGAUAAUAUUUGUAUAAUCGCACAGUAAAUAAUUUUUUUUUUAUCUCGCCUCUGAUUACGGUCGAGAGAACGUCUCGGUCUAACUCUAUACACCUAACUAACGGGCGACGUAGCAGAAUUACAAUAUAUUUACUUGGAAUUUAAACCGUGACGAGUAGGUGGAAAUUUAGAACUCGAUCGCUGCAGAUAGCGAAACUGAAAGAGGAGAUUAUUUUUGCGGCUUUGUUUUUUUUCGCUCUACAAUGUCGUAGAAUAUGUACAACCGUUUUAGUUUUUCAUUGUUCCAAACAAAUUCAAUACAGCUGUCAACCGUCGCGUUUUCUCAGCGCCUAAAACGCUAACCACGCUAAAAGCUCAUAGCCGCACGAAUCGUAUUAAAAAUCCUCGAAAACGAUUGGUCGACAAAAAGCGUAUAAAAUCGUCUUGUACAACGCGAAAUCGAGACGUACGCGUCGGCAGAUCUCUUCGCGCCGUGAUGGAUAUGCCGCUGUUGUUCGGAGAAGUUCGGAAUGCGCCUUUAAAGGAGAUAUAGGGAAAUUAGGUUUACACGUUAAAAGCAUCGGUGCGAUCAAAAGACGAUUCUAAGUUGUACGCUGAUUGGAAUAGGUAUAGCGAUAUAGUAUAUUAUUGAUUUGGUACAUAUCAUUAGGACGGUCGUGAAGAGUUCGAAAAAAAAAAUCGAAGCGCUGUAACAACGAGACAGGUCCACAUUUCGAAAUCGUUUUGGAGAAAGAAAACCGACCGUCCAUGUGCUUGGGACUUAUGUCGUAGUCGUCCGGAAUUCGAUUGAACCGGACGAGUCCCUUGAUGCAUACUUGACGCACCGGAUUUCCGCAGUAAAAUUGUAAUUACUCGCAAAAUUCGUUUCGGACUCGACUUGUUGCGCCAAUAUCCCUUCGCGGUUCACGAAUUGCUGUACAACAUUUGGAAAACCGAGCGCGACCCCCUUAAUCUUUGCCGUGCGCAAUCGGAAAAAAAUGCGCGGUACACGUAUAAAGACUUAAAUGCUGGAAAACAAAAAAUAAGGAACGAGGAACUUGAAGGCCCGAGUGUCAAGGCUCGUGGACAUUAUCAGGGACGCGCACGGGAAAGGUUCGCUGCCGGGAAAGGUACCGGAAAACGCGCGUCGAGGGAAAAGACCAUUGGGUGGCCCGAAAUGGAGACGGGAAGACGGGAUAAAAGAACGCGCGGAAAAAUGAAAAUGAAGAACGGAAGGAAUAUUACCACUGUAGAUGGGGAAACGGCCGCGCGCGUCACAAUCACGGUAGGCAAUCGCGAACAAAUUUCCGGUAACAACGAUUGUUCGAUCGCGGACGCCUACGCCGCGCCGCCGAGGCGAUUAUUUUGGGAACCGGCGGCGACGCGGGGUCGAGAGCGAACGAGAGAGAGCGGGCGAUUGAACGGAGAAAAAAAAAAUGUUGCACAACCGCCGCAACGCGCGAUGCUGCGUCUGCGUGUGCGCGCGCGCUCCGCCCGACCGCCCGUCCUUCUAUAGCGGCGGCGGCGGCGGCGGCGUGUGCUCAAACCGGCCCGCGGCAAAAAGAUUCAUCGACCGCCGCCGCCGCCGUCGUCGUCGUCGCGGCGCCGCGGCCGUCGAACGGCGCGUACAAAACUACAGCGAACAGCCGUCCGCCAACAGUCGUGCGCGCCGCACCUCAUUCGUGUCCAACGGAAUAUUAUCACGCGCGCGCGCGCGCGCUUGGUAACAAUCGGGGCGAUAAUAACAUUGUCGUUUUAGCAUCGGAUAAUAUUACCCGGGCACCUGCCUGAGACCCGCACCGACGACGACGACCGCGACCGCGACCGGUUACAAAUAUAAUUCGCGAAACGGCACCCGGCGUUCAAAACGGCACACCGACCCGUCUACCUACGUGCCGCCGCCGACAUCGGAUCAUAGUCAUCGUGCGUAGGUACGACCGUGAGCGACUUUCGUCGAGAUCCGCGGUCGCUUUGUUUCGAUAAUAAAUCCGGGAUACAGCGAACGAAAAACCGAAGAAAAGAGAAGGAAAAAAAAACCGUCGACGUUUCGCGUGCAAUCGGGAUCGCAGUGUGUAACAAUAACAAUAAUAAUAGCCAACGGUCGUUAUUAUUCGAAGCGUUGAACGAUCGCACGUUGGCGCGCGCGUUUUCCGCUAUCGCCGGCCGUCCGUGCGCGUAGAAAUAUCGCGCGCGAGUGCUGGCCGCGACGCCGACGACCACCGUUCCCGGCGGCGCUCGUUUCACUGUCCCGAACGCGGGUACGCGCGGCGGCGGCGUACACGCACACGCACACGCACUCGGAUGGUAUUAUUGGCGUGUUUUUUUUCCCGUCCAUAGUACGCGCGGCGUUCGUUUCAUUCAUGGCUAUUGUACUCGAGGUGAGUGAUAAUUAACGAUAAUAAUAAUUAACAAUACCGAUUAUAGUUACAAUAAUUAUGAUACGUAGUAACGACGACUACGACGACGACGACGACGUUCGCGCGGCAUAAUCGUAUAAUCGCGUUGUUCGGGUUCCCCGCUCCGUCCGCGCUUCGCCUUGACGGGUGUUGUUUUCGUUUUCGACCGCGUGUCUACGUGAUAUUUGCGCGCGGCGACGACCGAGUCGCGAUAAGAAAAACAAACGAACGUCAAUGUUCUCUGUCCGAUCGCGUAUCGCCUCUGGCCGCUCGGAGGGGGAGGACAAUGGCGAGAUCCAGGGGACGGGCAGAGCGUAUGAUGGUAUGGGUGGCGGGGAAGAGGGAGCAACGUCUUCUAUAGUGAUUUUUUCCCAUUUCCCCGUCGUCGGUCGCCGCGCUGUAUUAGCGUGACUUUGCUAGAGUCAAACUUUCCUGCGGGUUGCCCGCGGUAAAGCAAUUUAUUUUUGAGGAGAGGUGGAAUAUGAGGGGGAAUAGAUAUCCUUUGCCGGCUCCAUUCCCAGCGGCCGGGGUCAUUUUUUUUUUCUUUCAAUAAGUCCGCGAUAUUUUCAUCGCUUCGUAAUAUUUUCAGCAUAAAAAUACGAUUUAAGUUUCAUUGAUAAACUUGUGUACAGUUCACAUAGUCGUAGCUAGAAAAAAAAAUGACGUUCUACGUAUAAUUUUACACGCCCGCCCCUCCGGUGGCGCUUAGUUUAAAAAAAUUAUUAUACCCCGCUCCGGAACGAAUUCUUAAUUACGCCACUGCGGGUACAGUGCAACUCCACUGCAGGGUAUUUUUCUUAGGGUACUAACCGAAGAGACUUGAGCGCGGGGAGUUAUUUUCUCGCGCUGUUCGGUUUAUUUCCGUCCGAAGCCGACCGGAGAAAAAUUCGACGGAAUUUCGGUGUAACUAUACGUGCGAGUUUUAGUCUCGAGUUCCAUACGUUUUCCACCCGGCGACACAAAACGUUUUUCUCGAUUUCCGACAGUUUUUCUAACUGAUUUGAUACACAGAAAUUGUAUCCGUAAAUCUAAAUAAUUUACUUAUUACUUAAUUUAAAAAUUAGUUUUCGUAGUUUAACUGAACGUUUAUUUUGCGAGCCUUUAUAGGAAUUUAAACGCGUUGGUCCAAACGGCUUCGCUAAAUUCUGGCCCAAACGUACUUCGCUUGUUUAGACGUAUAACUAUACUGCGCACCGCGCGCACAACAGAUUCGACUGAAAUCGAGAAUGUCCUCGCGGGACUAACACGAUCCGUAUACGAUUUUGUUUUUUUUUUUUUCAAUUUUCUCGGCAAUAUUUUUAACCGCUCCGUAGCAUACUGACGACAGAAAUACCGCGGGGCUCAGAGCGGGUGACGAUCUUCCGGACUCACCAUCGAAUCCGGCCCCGGUCAUGGUUUUCUACACCGAGGUAUAUCCGUUCGUUAUGUUUUUUUUUCUCUAAUUUAAAAGUCGAUUGCGCUAAAGACGUGCGUAAAAUAACUCGCGUGGGAUCGCGUUCGUUGGCACCGGAAACUGACCGGCCGGAAGUCAGCGACUGCGGUAUUCGUAAAAAUAAGCGAUAUUUUUACUAUUGCAAUUUCAACAUAAUUUAUUAGAAUAUCUCGAAUAUUAAAAUCGACAAGGGUAGGAAGAUAAAUAGAUAAAGCUCAUACAAUUGUAGAUUUUAAGACCCGAUUGAAACACAAAAUAAAGAAUACGCCAAAUAUUAUACCUGUAUUAUUCGCCGAAAGAGUAUUCAUAAGGGAAAAUUUGACACCAGGGGAAGAAAAAAAGGAGCGUUAAUUGAGUUCUAUGGUGCGAGAGAGAUGGACAGUUUAGGAGUUAAUGUUGAGCACAAUUAGUCCAACCGCAGUUGAUUUGUCGCAGGGAGAAGUCGUGCGUAUGUAUAGGUACUGGCCGUAAUCGCAAAACAGGAAAAGAUAUCCGAGAACCCGCCAGACCCCGGGCUAAGAAGGGGCAAAUGGGGUAAAACAGAAGCGUAUAUACAGAUUAUUUAUGGGGGGAGUGGGCGAGUGAUCGGAGGUGUUCUGACUAUCAAUUAUUGUAAUUCAUAUUAGGAGCUUAUCGGGAGUUGAUAAAACAAUUGAAUUCCUGUAGUCAUUUCGGAAUGGAAGGGAUUAAACCACUUACUCUUACCUAAAUUCCUGGCCCAAAGGAAGGGGACGUUCGAAUGCUCAAACAAGCGUAACAAAGUUAGGGUCAAAAAAAAAAAAACAAAUCAAAAAAUAAAAAACAUUCCGAAAUUUCAGGCGGCAGGCAGAUCGAAAUGGUCCCGAAUAGUGCCCUCGGGCGUCGCCAAUGAAACACGGCCCUGGAACCCGACGUUUUCCAAAUCUUGCGAAAUAGGAGAUAACUUCCAUAAUAAUUAUUCGUGUCUGACGAUCGUGUAAAUGUUGUUAAUGAUCAAUCGUGUAUAUUAUGAUUCGUUUGUGUGUAGAGCUUUGUUAUAAAAAUUAUUUGACCGUCUGCUCGCCCAUACCAUACUGACUGUAAAUCGCGUAGUCGGAGAAUCGGUGCCGGGGAUUCGGUUCUUCGGAGAAGGCCAAUCAAAAUGUUUAUUGAAGAACUCGGGUGUUUCUUCUGCUAAAAUUACUUCAUCGAUUCCGUAAAACAAAAAACCAAGUAAAACGACAUCAUCUUCCGUAAAGGCGAUUUCCAUUUCCAUUUCAAAACACAGAACUAGAAAUAUUUUUCUAGGGAGGUCAGAUAAGAAAUAAUACACGUUUUUGAAUGAGAAAAACUACCAAAACAAAACAAAUUUUUAAUUUUAAAAUCAUUGUUGAUUUCCGGGGAAAAGUGGACGGGCCCGGGCCUACCGGUUUGAUACGAAAUGACAGUAUCGACGACAAAACCCGAUGGUUAUAAGUCCGACUCGAAACGCCACCCGAGUCGCUGCGGUUGACUUCCACUCGACUCGAUAGUGACGCCAGGCGGUUUAAGACGUUUUAAGACGAGUUAUUCAGACAGUGUCGGAAGCGUGACUCGAAUAUGAUAAGUACAAUGCAGUAGAAUAUGUUUGGUGCGAACGGCCGUAAACGUCGCGCGGUUUUAGAAAACCGACUCCGCGUCCCGGAGCCCGCGCGCAACCCCCUCUCCGUCUUAAGUUCGCCGUCGCGUCGAAUCGCGGCGGUGGACCGGCCGCCGCGCCACGGCGUCUGCGCUCGGCGAUGACCGGGAUCGGCCGACUACGCUGUACGCUACACAAAACGGUCACGAGGCGCGUGACACGUCGUCGUCGUCGUUGUCGUCGCGCGGUUAUUAUUAUAACAAUAUUAUUAUCGCAGAAACCGGUCAACGCGAUACACGCGCGCACACACACGCGCGCACGCACACACAUACACACAAACACACACGCGUGCGCGCGCGUGCGAACGGACACGACAACAAUACUCUUCUGUCCGUGUCGUCGUCGUCGUCGAGUUUUCAACGGAAACCUUCCGGCCCGACGGACGACGCCGGUGCCUACCUGUGUAAAAUUUAAAAAAAAAAAAACCCGUAUAAAAUUAUACACAAUGUACCGUGUAGUUAUUGUGCGAUAUUUCAGCGUACCCGUUCUUCCAACUGUCGCGGCGGCGGCGGCGGCGGUGCGUUGCAGGGGGUCGCGGCGAUGGUGGCAGCCGAUCGUACGGACAAGAAUUAUUAUUAUUACGUAACUCCACCGGCGGCGGCGGCGUUGUUGCUACGCCCACAACGACGGUGACGGAGGCCGCACGCGAAACGCGCCAGUGAUCACGCUGAUCGCGCGUUCUAUGGACGACCAACAACAACAACAACAACAACCGCAACAGCAACCGCAACCGCGAUUACAGCGGCGACGAUUGUCCGCGACAGGGACGACGAUGACGACGACGACGGCGGCGGCGGCGGCAGCGGUGUUACAGCAACAACAGUCCGGCGCCGGGAAGAGCAGGCGCGUCGCCACGCCGGCCAGGAGAAGCUGUUCCGCGGUGACCGAGAGAGAGAUGAUGGUGGCCGGCGCGUGGCCUCCGUCCCGACAGCAUUCGCUGACCGCCAAGUGGUCGUCGAGGGUUUACAGGUACCUAUACUUUAAGACGUAAGCGCCCCCUACUGCUGCCGCGAUAGGUAACACUGACUAUAUAGGUAUACGGACGACCCGGGUUACGGUCCCGUACCCGGCUCCGGUAUUCCGAGCGUACGAGAUACCGUCACGCGCGGAAUUUCGCGGGCGAAUUUGUCGCUGUACUUGAUGCGCGAUGUAAAAAUGCCGAAACGAAAAGUAUUUCUCGAUACUGCGCAUCGAGCAUUAUCGUCGAAUGGCCGCGAUAUUACGUUGUGCUCGAUGGAAACGUUUGUUGUUCGCCCGUUGUUUAAAACCAAUCGACGAAUAAAUUUGAUUCGAACGAAUCAAAAGCGGAUGCCGCAUAAAACCGGAUUUCGGAAUUCGGAUUCCGACAGAUCCGAUUUCGGAUAUCAAAAUUCAUUUUUUUUUUUAUUUUUUUUUUUCAAACCUACGAGGUAUAAAUUAUGAUGUACAAUCGGUUAAUGUCGUUGCGCUUACACUUUUCGCGUACGAAAACCGAUCGUGCGCUGUUAGUUUUGACAUUAGGUUGUGUAUUUGUCAUUUACGAAACCGAAAGCUAAGAACAUUGUCUGCGUUCGUACGCUGGUUUUUCUUUUUCGACAUUUUCAUUUUCAAAUGAGUUACGGAUAUGUAACAGUUUUAAAACCGUCCUAUCUCGCUUGAAAAUGAAAAUAUCGAAAACCAAUCGACGUAUAAACACAAACAAUAUUCGCACCUUUGAGUUUGAUAAAAAGUCAAUAUACUCUAACAUAAAAAUUAACGGCACAACACAGAUUAAUAUAUUAAUGUCACAACAUUUACCGUAACAUAAGUACGGUCUAUGUAUAAUUUUUAAUUUUAAAUUAAUUUUUCUUAAUGGUUUAAAAGCCGGAAAAUCAAAUCGAUGUUUAAUCAGUUCUCGUCGAUUACGUUCUGAAUAAAUCUAUUUUUCACGGCAUGAAAAAUUGAUCCCGAUAGUGAAGUUGUGGAAUUUUUUUUUUUUCUUGUAAAUUUUAGAUACCAUCCGUGUUUCGUAACACCAGAGUCGGCGUACUCGGUACGAAAACGUUUUCAACCAACCGCCCCGAAGGUAAAAUUUCAAUUAGCCUGCAGAUUCUCGGUACACGCUUGCAGACGAGGAGUGCGAGUGAUGAGAAGCACCCGCGAGCUAUUCAUUACGGAAACGAAUCGCGGAAAAUGAUACGAGGGCCCAAAAUCGUCGCCUCCUCCUCCCAAUAGAAAUGUCCCGGUUUCCGAUCUGUUUUGCGCGUUGACGACCGAGAGGACAGUGCGUGUCGUGUUAGCGGGCGACGACGGAUCAGAAACGUGACGGUCCACAACUGACGAUUAAACCGUUGGUUAUGGAUCGCGGUUCGAAACUGUCGAGGAAAAAAAAUGAAAUCUUCGCGUACGUUAACGAUCAGAUGGCCGAUUGACUUGUAAGGCGACGCUAUUGUGCCGGGUACUCUCGAAUUGCCUCCCGAAUUCAGGCAGGUGACCUUUUUUCACUCGAAUCGCCUUCAAAAACACCCGGAAGCGAUUCGAGUGUACUCAAACCGUCCACUCGGAUUGCCUCCCAUAGCAUAACUCGAUCAUUAGUUCGUAUACCGAUAGUAGACGCGUAUUGUAGAUUAUUACAUUGAUUUCAGUGAUGUUCAAAAAUAAAACCUAAUUGAUAAACUAAACAAAAAUGCAAUUUCAAAAUUUCAAUAUUUAAAAGUAUUCGCAAACAGAUUUAAAUCUCGAAAACAUGCUACGUAACUAGUUUAAAUUUAAAUUUUAGACUAUAAAACAUAAUGAUAUUUAUUUAUUGAUUGUUUACUAUUUUUUAUUGUUGCUCAUUACUGUUGUAUUGGUACAGUAAAACAGAAUGCUUUUUCGUCGAAAUUAUUAUUUUUUUUUUAUUGAUUUUUAAUACGUGAAAUUUCGUUACAAUACAUAUAUCUAUUUGCUUUUUUGACACCGACUUAUUACCGAAUAUCGUGUACUAAUGUCUACCAAUGACAUGUGUACCAAUAUCGUGUACUUAAUACGUAUAGCUUUUCGAUAUAAGAAGGUUUGAAAUAGGAUGUGAUUCAAGUGAAUGAUACUUUUGAAAUCGGGAGGCGAUUCGAGUAACCUUUUGAAAAAAAACAAUACGCGGUAGGCGAUUCGAGGGUCAGAUGGGAGGCGAUUCGUGUGCGUCCAUUGUGCCGCAGAACAAAAACGCACCGCACGUGCCGUCGAAACGGUUUUUGGGGUUUUCGGUCAAAAGAAACCGCACCGCCGUCGCCCGCGGUCACCCGGUCGCCGGUUUAUCCUUUUGUACUGUUUUUUUUUUUAUUCAUUUUUACGAAAAGAAAAGAUAACGGGCCCCGCUGAAUAAGCUCGUGUCGGGGGCCCGUGAAAUCUAUUACCGAUAUUUAUCCGAAUCGGUUCCCAUUUGCAAAAUGGUUGGGCUAGCCGAAUAUUGGACGGGAAUACGAUUGAGUCGACGGCCAUUGGCGACCAUUGAAUUGGCUCCCAGGUAUUAGGCGUAGUACUUCAUCGAACAUUCGAAUCGGCACCCGAGAAACUAAACACCGAACUGUUUCCCAAUACGAUUUCGACCGAAUGGUCCUUAAAAUAUAAAAUGGUUCAAUAAAUAUCGAAGUGGAAAACGUACGAGACUUUAAUAUUUUUAGUGACGUGACAGUGUCAAAUAACUGCUUGGAAUUAUCUAAUCUUAAAUCCGAUAACGCGUUAAACAGUCACAACCAUCGUAAUUGUAUAAUAAUUUAACUGAUAAUUUCACUGGCAUCGUUAAACGCAGUGUGUACUGGCAAUUCGUCACCAUUCGUCGCAGUUCGUACGCUCUAUAGCAGUUAUAUAUAAAACUAAUUCGGUCGAAAAAAUCAGUAGUUAAAAGGGAUUCUUUUUGAUGACCAUGCCCCCCCACCCCACGGCUAUUUAAAUUAAUAUUAAAUAAUAACUGUUUUAUUACUCGCAUGGCUCAAAUAUUUAAGCCGUGAUUACUUAUAAAUUGUAAAAAGAGUCUAAUACUUCUGACUUUGCCCCCCUCCCCCCGGUUUAUAUUUCUGCGGGCACUCUUGUUCAAAUGUACUACAUUUUAACAAUACUUGAUGAUCUAUAAAAUGUAAUAUUUUAAAUUAUUAUUUUAUAUAACUGAAUUAUUAUUUCGAACAAUUUUUAUUUGUCAAUGGAUUUAUAAAAUAAAGGGAGCCGACUCGGUACAUAAAUCUCGGAGCCGAUUCAAUGUUUAAAAACGUCGAUUACCCGAAUUUCGGGGGCCAAUUCAAUAGCUCCGCGAUCAUUAUCGUCAAUACCUUUUUUUUUUUUUUUUUUUUUUUUUUUCAGACCUUUUUGACUUUUACACGAUUGAGAACGCUCAGUUUUUAUAAUUCCACGCUUAAACGUUGCCAUUGUUGCCAAAUCCGUAGUAAUCUGAAAAUUCAAUCAUAUAGUCGUCAAAAAUAUAAUAUUUAUUGCUUAUAUUAUCUUGAUCGAGUUUAAUAAAUUACCUAUUGCUGUUUGAGAUGGCGUAUUACCGAAUCCAUCGAUAAUGAUUAUUAUCUAAUGUAUAAUUUAUAUUGUAUAUAAAUACAACGAUAACGAAUUGUUUGCGACGAAUAAUCAAAAUAUAUAAGCGUUAUUCGGCAACUACGUGGUUUCCUGCAUUUUGCGUUGCGUGUGCGAAAUAUUUUACGUUUAGACUUAAAUAAAAUUGAAAAUAACGAAGAAUUACAUGCUCCGAACGCGGUAGAAAUUUAAUUGUUUUAAACGCCCGCGAACUGGAGCGUGCCCAGGGAGUGGUUUUGGGGGUUCGAAUCAUCCCCAAAUGGACUUUCUUAAUUGUUAUCCUUAUUUUUCGCGUGAAAUAAUAAACAUUUACGACGAUAGAUUUCUAAAUUAUAAUUGGUAGUUCUGAUUCUCAUUUCUAAUUCUAAAUCUAAAAAUGCUUGAAAUCUUAAUUACUCUUCCAGUAUAUCAACUGCGACAGCACAACGACCUUUUUCAAGUUUACGACGCAUAAUAACAUAGUUUAUUGAGAUCAACUGCCGGUGCUGAGAACCGACUCAUAGGAUUAGCUCAUCUAUCAAUCCAUAUAAUGGCGUACCAGUAGACCCAGACAAAAUAGUUUCAAAAUGUGUUUCACCUUCAAAACAGGACGGACUUAAUUUUAUAAUUUUGUUUUUUAACCCUGAUUAAGUAACUGUUAUUAUUAUUUUUUGUAUGCAUAAUACAUAUUAUUAACAUAAACCAUGAAAAAUAUCAUGUAAAAUUAUCGGUAUCUAAAAAUAUACUUUUUUUUUUUUUAUUAUUAUUAUUAUUCUUUACAUUUUCAUUCGUGCUACAUAUAUUAUUCGCAGUUACAACUUUAUAAGGUUAACUCUCGAAAUGCGUACAAAAUAUUCAACAGUGUUAUAAAAGUAUUACGGUUUUUUUUUUUUAUGCGUACACACACACACACACACACACAGAUUUUCACCUACUUAUUUUAAUGGUGUAGUUGUAAACGCGAUACUAACGUGAACAAAAACUAAAACCACCUCCCCACCCCAUAGCGAAAUAACGGGGAAUAACGGCCGCGCGACCCGGCGACAAAAAAUCCGACAUCGCCUCCGUGCACAACGCGUCACGAAAUCGUUACGAAUAUUGAAAAUACGAUUGCGAAACAGCGUUUGUUUACGACGGGUCGCGGAUUUCGCCGGAAUCCGCAACGGAAACGCGACGACAAUAUAGACUCGUUAACGCGGAGUUUUUUUUUCGCAACGGAUAUAGUGUCCCCUACUCGUUUUCCGGUAUACCCGUCGGUUCCCUCGGUAUCGCGUCACGGUUCGGGCGCCUUCGAACGGCGUCGCUAAACCGAUUCAAAUAACGUUUCUAAUCGGCUCGAAUCGGCGUUGCGGUUGUAACGAACGCGUUUGUCGCGGUACCGAUCGGAAAGUCCGACCGUUGACGGGGAGGUUUUUGGUUUUUGUGUGGGGUGGGGGUAGAGGAGGGGAGGGCAAUGGAAUUUUCUCGUAUUCGCGAUAAACCGACCUGAUAAAAACGUUGAUAUAACGUUCGGCAAUGCAAAACGCGUCGUAUUCGUUUUAUUAAAAAAAAAAACACGGACUGCUGUGGGUGAAAAAUUGGCAAGGUAUAGGAUAUAGAUGAGAAUUUAAUUUGCAUCUGUGCGCAACGACAAUUCGUAUGUGCGUAUAGAUUUCCGCGGUUUUUUACCCGACCUUUAUGAAAACAGCUUGGAAAAUUUUUGAAUUUUUGAUGAAAAAAAAACAUACCCUCUCCAAAGUAUCAAACGGAUAAGAUCUCUCGGGAUUCUCGGAAAAUUUUAAGAUUUUAUCCAAUGCUUACAUUGUCUUUGUAGAAAUUCGAUUUUGUCACGCGGAAUACAAUAAUGCACUUUUUAUUUUUUAUUAAUUUUGGUGUAUUUUAUGAGAAUUUUUCCAUUUAUUUCAUUUUUACUUGUAGUUAUGUCUGCAUUUUUUUUUUUUUUAUAUAAAGUCUCGCCUAUAAUUAUUGUACAUGAUGAUAGGCGUGGUCCUAAUGACGCCACUGGUUGACGGCGAACUAACACCAACUUGCCGACGUGUAAAAAGUCCAACGUAACCUGUAGGAUAACUGCAGGAACGCGGAAGCUUAUGUGAGCCUCACUGACAAACGGCGGGCGUCCGCUCGACGGCCGUUCAAUGAGCCAAAAAUAAAACGAUAACCGCGACGAGGUCCGGUCGAUAACGAUACGAGAUCGAGCGGGAUUUACCCGUUCCUUAUCUAUAUCUAUACUUCGUAUAUAUCACAGGCAGAUCGGUACGCAUUUUAUUGUUCACUCGAUUACUUGACGAUAGAGCGGUCAAAUAACUGCAGUGUUGUAAAAGUAUAAUUUUAAUUUCAAUCAUGCACAAAAUGGUUUAGCUGCAGGCCAAUCGGGACCGGUUUUAAAGUAAGGCGCGAAAUAAAGAACGCGAUUUUCGAGACGAUACGGUUAAUGUGAUGGGAGGGGGGAGGGGGCAUAACUUUACGCACAUUCCGAUUUUGAUGGGCAGUGCAGUCGAUAUUAUGCAUUGCUGCAUCGGUGUGCAGCUCGGGCAGUGUAACCUGUAUAGGUAAUAACGACGUUAUUAAGUGGCGCCGAAUCAGUUUUAAAACGGUCUGGUUCAAUUUAUAGUCAUAUUAUAUAGUGGGGCUGACCGACGCAUCGGCAGCGGGGUAAUCGCGGAGUCACUUUGUCCCAUCGUUCCCCCUCCCCCCCCUUCCUAAACGCUUUUGUUAACAUUCAUCGAAAUGUCUGGCUAUUGACAAUCGCGUAUAGUUUCGAUUGUCUCAUUAUUUUUCGCUGCAUAUUCCGGCACGCGCAUUUGUCAAUUUCCGCGGUUUAGAAAAUCGGAAUCCCUACGGGGCCGUGUACAGGAAGAACCGUCAAAACGAUCGCCCGGGAACGUGUUUAACCGUAAAAAUUCUCGUCGGUGCCCGCGCGCACGCGCAUUCGUUUUUGUUUUUGAUGGCUCUUUACUGUGUACGCGCGUAACAGUUGUAAAAUCCGUUGUUCACAUCCGAUAUCGUCGAGCCACUCGUAAUAUUAUUACUAUAUUAUGUUCAUUAAUAAUUAAACAUACGUACGUGUCUGUUUUAUUGCAUAUACAGGGUGUCCCACGAUGGUCUGCCACUUGAAAUAACUUUUGUUCCAUUCAAUAUUUAUGAUUUAUUUCGUCGAAAUUCGAUCAUCCCGUGUAAUAAAACUAGAAAAAAAACAAAACAAAACUAUUUUAUUACGCCGAACCAUUCUAAUUACAGCGUAUACGCGAUAAUGAUUACAAUGCACGUUGCGUAAUAAACUGGCUUAGCUCAAAGGUGUAGGCAAUUUUCGUUAUUUCCAUUGAUGUUUUGUGCCGUGUGUAUUGUAUUGUGUCAAUCUAAUAAUAAAUCUUUCUACGUAGAAAACUGAUGUUGUUUCCUUGCGAACCGAAAGCGCCCGUCAACAAUCGCGUUGUAAGGGGAAAAGAGAAAAAGAACAGAAAAAAAAAAAAAACACGAGAAAAAAAAAUUAACAGUCAACAGAUGCUUACUCCAAGGCAAACGACGCGCGUGCGCGCGCGUACGAAUGCCUAUUUUUAAUUCGCUCUCCGCGCCAUCGUCGGUCGUCGUGUAGUUAUCACAGCGCGUUUGCGCAAGACUUCGAGCAGCCGCCGGACGGCCCGGAGCGAAAACUUGCCGGACCGGACCCGCAGGAGUGUACAGCAAUAUGCGGUACACGACGUGUGUACGAUAACAAUUUAGCGGAAAAAAAAAUUUGAAAAAUUACUAACUUACCGUUUACUUACGCGCCGUCGGUCUUUUCGCGUACGAUAAACGAACAUAACGCCGUAUCGUAUACGUCAUAAACGUCCGUCAUCUCCGAAAGUAUAUUGACUCGUUUCGGAAUUCUGAGUGUGUAGCGUUUAUUGUUUAUUAUUAUUUUUUUUUAUCAAUACUCUGUACGAAAAUACAACCGGAAAUCUCGCUCCGAAUUAUCGAGUACAGCACCUUUUUCGACAGGGGAUUUCCCCGGGGGCGGUACACCGGUGAAGUCGUUUUUUCAAUUUUCCCAGUAAAUGGGAAUUGUAAAAAACGAGAAAAUAAAAUACAAUAUCAAACAAAUAUAUUAAUUAAAGAAACGCAUAUUAUGUAAUUAUUUUACCAUAAUGCGACAUGCAAUUAUAUUGACGACGAAACAACACUAUUAACCGAACUCCCGCUCAGAAUCGUUUUCCGUUAGCUAUGGGCAAUCGUUGCGUAUAGAUAUACAUUAAACUUCCCCUCUACCUCACCAAAUUUUUGUAUUAUUAUUGCUAUCGUUUGUUUGUUUUUUUUUUUUUUUUUUUUUGAAAAUUUCAGAAACAAGCGGCUCUACGGUUUUACGCUACCGUUGUUUUUCGUCAACGCCUUAUUAUUUCCGCGAUUGAAAUGACAGGCGUACGUUCGGUUUUCAAAUGGCAUUGAAAGUUCCGUAUGUAGAUAGAGUUAAUUAGUUUAAAUACGUUCCGGUGUUAAAAUGUUUGAAAUUAUCGUAACGCCGCGCGCCGUGCCGCCGCACAAAUGAUGCUCCCCACCACACUCACCCGAUCCAAUAACUUAAAAGCGGAAUAUCUCGUCGACGGACUGACGGAAAUUCGGAUUGUCGACACCGAAAUUUAUUUCGAAUAACGCUCCGUCUGUUUAUGGAGUUUUCAAUACGGGUCGCCGUUUGAAAAUCCAAACCGUGUAGCGGUUUUGCCCGACGUAAUUGAGGGCGGCGAGAAAUAAUAUAAAAGUAAAAUUGUAGAGCCGCUCGUUUAUCAAAAUGUUCUAUAGAACGGAUUACGAAAAAAAAAGCUAAUUUACUUUCCGAGAUACACAAACGUUAUCGUCCAUCCGUCUGUCGUUUACACCCCCGUCGCAUCGUAUACGAAACCAGUGGCGACACGACCGAGACUUUUCGGGGCGACUGUUCCGGACAAAAACCCGGUGGGUGAAUGGUUGCGGCAUCCCUCAAACUGGACGGUUGUUAUUUGUUCAGUUGCCGCCGGACUCUUUUGGAUGGAGGAAUUAAUGAACCACUGUAGGGGUAAACGGAAUGAAAAAAAAUUGUACCGUCCCACGAAUUAAAACCCGCGAUUUGCGCCGCCACUGCACGAAAUCGUAUACUUUUUCUAUUGUCAGCUACAUUGUAGCCGCAUUACUCCGCAGUCCUUAAAAUAUUCGACAGUUAACACAAUUAUCUAGAAAGUUAACAAAAAACGUUAUUUAUACCGCGCACACCAGCUAAAUGUAAUUCGGCGCGUACACAAUAAUUAUUAUAACAUCGUCCGUGUGUAAUCGCGUAUUAUAAUUAUUAGUUCAUCAAUUUUGAUAAUACACUACUGACGUCAUUUUUAAGACAUAUACGUAAUAAUAAUAAAAUAUAUUACGUAUAAUAUUAACCAUCUGAAUUUCCAAUGCAUACAGGGCGAUUAUUUUAUCGUCGAACACUAUCGUUAUUUAAUAUGCGAAGUAUAGACUUUUUCAACGAAAAAAAAAAAACGAUUUAACAAUUUGAGAAACAAGCGGAACUAAAAUGUUACAUCGUCAUUAUUUUUCGUGACCCUUAUAUAUUUUUUGGGAGGGAUGGGGGGGGUAAAACGACCGCCGACUGUCGAUUUUCAAACAGUAAUAUCUGUAUACAUUCAAAGUUCCGUGCUUAUAGCACAGACAGAGUGUUACUUUAAAUAAGUUUCUGGUGAUAACACCUACAACGAUUUCCGUCAAUCCGUUCACGAAAUAUUCUACUUUUACUUUUGCGCGGGGAAAAAGUACAGCGGAGUAUUGUAUUUGAGCGGGAGCACGGCGCGCGGCGUUUGAAUAGUACCUGCCUACUCUCCUCCUAUCCAAAUUUAAAAGCGGAAUAUCUCGUGGAAUACCCGUGAAAAUAAGGGCGACGAAAUAUAACGGCGAAACUUUAGAUCUGAUUGUUUCUUGAAUUAACGAACCAGUUUUUUUUUUUUUUUUCCCGAAAUAAAAGUCUUUACUUAGCGAAACAAUGAGCGUUCAACGAUAUAAUAAUCACCCUGUAUAUAUUAUAUAUUAUUAUAACGUAUACAACCGCGCCGGCUCUGUAGUUUUUUAGGAAUGAUGUCAUUCUGUCGUCAACAACAAUAAUAAUGUAUGUAAUAAUAUUAUAAUACCUGAUAUACUUACUUACGUGUCCAGGUAGCCCGUUUUUCCGUCAGAAAUUUUCUUUCAAAAAAAAAUCGUAAUUUUUUUAUAGAAACUGGAUUUUCAAUGUUCAUCAUUCUGUUAGAAUAAUAUAAAUACGAACUUCGCAAAUUUAAGAAAUAGCAGUGCGCGUGCAAAACCUAGCGGGACGGCUAUUCGCGGGUAAGAAAAUAUUUUUUUUCUUCUUUAAUUUUGUUCUUAAAUAAUUAUGAUAAAAUUCUUAUUGUAAUAAUUAAUGUAUUACAUAAAGUAGAGAAUAGGAUAUUUACAAAAAAAAAAAAAAUGACGAUACUGGAGACGAGUGCGGCCUGUACUGUUGUACAUGGGAAAUCGGAAAAGUAGAAUAUAGAGGGGAUUUGAUUUAUAUGUAUACAUAACGAUUAACCAUUAUUCAUUGCUGACGAAAAACGAUUCUGAGCAGAGCAUGAUCAAUAGUAUUACUUCUUCAACAAUGUGAAUUUUCAUGACAACAGCGAUUGCUUAAAAAAUAUUAAAAUAAUAAAAACUUAAUAAAAUAACAAAAAAAAAAAAAAAAUUGAAAAAACGAUUGCCAAUUACAACAUUUUUUUUAAUCUUUUUUAACCCAAAGAAUCAGUUUCUAUUAUAUGGAAUAUAUUAACGAGAAUAUCAAAAAAUUACCUUUCUAAAGUACCGACUAGAGCCAACACGCAAUAAAAAAAAAGGUCUCUUGUCGUGUUUUGAUUGGAACGAGAUUUCUAUAAGAAAAGUUUUUAAUAGGCAAAAAAAAUUAAAAAAUACACGUCGCAGAAAAAAAAACCAUUAGAUCUCUCGCUUCACCCGGAAUUUGAAAAAAAGAUAAUACUUUAAACGUACACAUUCAUUUACGAUUUAAAAACGCGUUUUAAACAACAACAAACAAAAACAAAAACUGUUCUUUUCAAACUCGCCUACGCAACCUUUUAUAAUAUUUCGAACGCCCAAAGGAACGCUCGGCGGUACGUUCGGGAUAUUUACGCACGGACCCCGAGGUUCCGGCGUGUCUGCAGUGCCGCCGUCGUCGCCGAGGACGGAGGGAGCGGGUGGGUGGGUGACGUGCGGCCGGAUUCACGUCCGCGCGGGCCCACGCGAAACGGCGCGCGUCCCGUACCCGCGGAGAAAUGUCCGGCCCACGCCGUCGUGUGUAGGCAAGUCGCAUUAUUCCGGCCUACCCUACCUAUUUUACACCUGUGUACGGAGCCCGUGACGAACGGCGCGGCCCCUGCAAAAAAAUCCCACGGCCGUCCGUGGGCGAUCGGCCCGCACCGAUAAACUUCGCUGUGUUAUAUACGCGCGAGUCCGCACGGCAUGUACUGUAGGUAUUAUACAGGGCGAUUCUUUUGUUCGACGGUUUUCUCGCAGAAUUCCGGAUCGCCGGGCGAUUUUGGCCAGUGAUUGGCGUGCGGCGUCCGACCGACCGGUUGAACCCGCGGGUCGCCUCGGCGACGAAAUACGACUGAUGAUAAGUGCUAGGCCUCCCGAAACAGUGGCAUAACCAUAUCGGACGUUGCUUACGAAAAACGAUUCGGAGCGAAGUUUCUUUUGUACGUUUUACCGUUUUUCCCGAUUAUAAUACGAAAACCGUCGCUAUCUCUGCGUUAAAAAAAAAAAAAAAGAUACAAUAACAAUCGCCCUGUAUACGCGAUACCAUCGUACGAUAUUUCGGUUUGGACUUUUUAUUAUUAUUUAUUCGUCCGCCGUCGUUUUUUUUUUCUAUGUAUAAUCGGCGGUCCUACUAUAUUUUAUUUAUUUUUUUUUUUUUUUUAAUAUUGUAUUUAACUCGCGCGCUCGUAUAUUACGAUAAUAAUAUUCGCGCGCUCUCCUCUCGGACAACCGGUUCUUCGGCCGGGCAUUCCGCGCGCGCCGUCUCCUCUGCAAAUCAGUCAUUGCGCACCUAUGCACGGAUAGUCUAUUUUCGAUCCCGGCGCGUCCCGGCGAUCCGGACCGUUUUUCUUACGAUCGCGAUUUCGAUGUGCCUCGAUAGUAAAACAGAUAAAAAAACCACCAUCCCCUCGGAAACGUCGAAACAACGUCCGCGCGCCGACCUUUACCCCCCCCCCCAACCCCCUCGCCGGUCUCUCGGGAGACCCCGUUCCGUCGACCGCGACGGCGACGGUUCCACGGGAAACGGGAUUCUGUAACGGCGUCCGUAAACAUAACGAAAUCCGCGGAUUACGAUUAUUAUACGUCCGUAAAUCCGAUAUUUUUAUCGUUUUUUUCACCGUCUUUUUUUCUCAUUAAAGAUAUGUACACGCGUACACGCGAAUUCCGCGAAUACAUAAAUACACACGAUUCCGUCUGAGGCGUCUGCACUAGGGUUUUUUACCGUUCCUUUUUUAAAUGCACAGGUGAGCUAUGUAAUAUUAAAAUUAAAAAAUUAAAUCAUAAUUAAAAAAAAUAAUAUAUAUAUGUAUUAUUCUACUCUACUAUACAAUAUUAAUUAAAUUUAAGAACAUUGCAUUUCAAAAAGUUUUCAUAAUUUUUUUUUUAUUAUUUGUAUUCGAUAUUUUCCUUUUUAUUUUGCCCCGAUCAAUCCCAACUCCAACCGCAUUUUUUCAAUUAAUGGCCAAAUAUUUGGGUGGGAAUGUGAAAAUAAUUUGGAAAACUUAAGACACCGGCCUUCAGUUUGGUUGUUAGUUAUCUAGCUACAGUGCAGUACAAACCGGACAUUUGUACCUCCGGACCUCUUUUCAUCAGACAUUUUUACCUUGUCGGGCAUUGUCACCUACAAUCAUUUAUUCACGUGUUUAACGUUAUUAUCCACGCAUUCGCGUGAAUACAUAGUAAUACGCUAACACGUGAACACGGAUUCUAAAUUCACGUGCAUUCACGUGAGUACACAUUUUUCAUUCCCGCGUUCACGUACAUGUAUUAGGUCGCGGUUUUAAUCGAGACAUUCUAAAUGUCUCGAUAUAAUAUAGCAUGUAUACGCAUAAAUAAUGAUUAUUCGAUGAUUUUCGUUUCGAUGUAAACAUGUUAUAAUUUCGCACAAUGGCAAUAAUUAAUUGAUUUACGACCCGAGACGAUAAUUUUUUACAACCGCCUAUAAUGUUUUUCGAUAAAGCUAUACGCCAAAUAAUACGAGUUGAUUAUACUUGUCGGAUUUAUUUUCAAGGUCCGAUAUUGUACAUACACACGUGUUGCGUGUAUUGUAUAUAGAAUUGCCAAAUACCAGAUUAAUUUUGGACGAUCGCUCAGCGAAAUAAGCGUUUGCGCGAUAUAAUAUAAACUUAUGGGAAAUAUUAAUAGUUUGAAACGCGUACAAGCCAAAAUCGCGUUCGCUGUGUAAAUAAAUAUCGAUUUUUAUGGCCGAGCAGCGUGACGGAGCCGGAUCCUUGAAACGAAAACCUACACGAUUAAAACUGACGUGAGGAGUAUCGUCAGUGACUAUAUAGGUACCCAAUUGUUUAAAAUAUCGCAUAGGUAUUCCCCCGCCAGUGGCGGCGUGAACUUAUUUAAUAAGGCAAACAUUUAUAUUAGAGGUUGAGCACAACCGCCUAAGUGUUAUUAGACAGAACCAUGAGGGACGAUGCCCCCUCACACCGCCUCCCACCCAUCUUCACCAAUUUACCAUUUCACAAAUAUAUGCUUUAAGUCAUGGUGAUUUUAUAUUUUAUGAGUAUCAAAAAUUAAUAAAAUUGGGCACUUCAUAUAUUCUGAUGAUACAUUACACCUAUUUUUUGAUUUCGCUAUCCGUCAAUCCAAAAGAACAUUGGACUAAUGAUCUAAAUACCGAGCCAUGUAAAACAUGUGACAUUUAAUCGACAGAGUUUAGGAGUCUGUGGGAUUAUUUUUAAAAUUAAUUUGUACAAUUAACAAAUUACAAAUCAACAAUUUUAUUUUAUCUUCUUCGUUAAAAUUGUGGUUUGCUGAAAUGUUCGCUGGCUACCUUAAUAUUGAAUAUUUAAUACUUAAAAGUCAAAGUGAACUAGUGAAUUAAAAUAUAUUAACUUAAUAUAAAUAUAUAUUUACUUUAUAUUAAUAACAAUAAAGUGUUAAAUAUAAAGUGUCGGUUGGCAAUAAUUCAUAUUUUUAGCCUGGGGGCACCACCACCCAAUUGGUCAUGAGGCUAUUGUCUCAUGAAAUACCCUAUCGCGCCGCUAUUAAAUCCUCGUAUACUAUUGAAACCGUUUUGGACGCAGCAGAACGCUUUUUCGAUUAGAAAAAACGGUUAGGAUAUGGGAUAUCGACAUGGGUUGGGUUCCGCGACGUACGUCCGAAAUACAAUAUCCAGAUUUUUCCCGGGGUAAACGCGUCCGACAACCCAGCCGACUACUCCGCUCCGAAUCGCUUUUCGUUUACGGUAUUAUAGACAAACUAAAUCGCGUCCUGUACACCAAUGGCUUUCAACCUGGGGGUCGCGAGUGAUAAUUAGGGGGUCGCCAAAAACCAUAAAUAUCAUAUGUGUAUACUGUACAUCGUAUUAUUCAAGUUCUGCUAAACGAUUUUUAAAGGGGCCCUCAUAAAUGAAAAAAAAAAAAAUUAGGGGGUUGCGAUUCGUAAAAGGUUGAAAACCACUGCAGUAUACGUCUUACCUUAAGAACACGCGCCCACGACCGCGAUGACCUGCCCACGGUGCGCGCGCGCGUGAAGUAUACAGUUUUCGUUCAGCGUGCGAUCUGCAGCAUACGUCAUGGCCGUUAUUACAAACGAUAUUUACAUAAGUACUAUAUUUAAUAUUUAUGUUUACUUUUCGAAAUGUCGGUUCGAUUACAAGGCCCGUAUAUCCGUAUAAUAAUAUGUGUUCCUCGUUUCUAAAAAACAGUGUGUGAUGUAUACUCGUACUGAACAUCGUCGUCGAAAAUAGGGCUGUUAUUGUGUUUCUUGUUUUCGAUGUUUUUUUUUUUUUGUCGUCGUCGUCGUCGUGCAUGCGAUUCGCGUAUAAAUUAAUGUAAGUAUAUUAUAUUAUCCGAAGAAAAAUAAUAAUAAUCGUAUGUUUUACGAAAUCAUAAUAAUACACUGUAAAUCUCUUGUGAUUAUUGUUUGAAUUGUCAACAUUUUGUUUUCGUUUCAAAUUGAUUAAAAAAAAAGAAUUUAUGGUAUAAAUAUAACAUUGCGAUUUUUUAUAAAUCUAAUAGCGCUGCCGUUUCGAUAUUCCGUAGACUGGGGGGCAAACGGAUUUGCCGACUGAUUAGAAAAAGAUUACUUCUCCUUCCGAAAAAAAAUUGAACGUUUUCGUUUUCCUGGAAUCGGAUGUUCCCGUUUACAAAAAAAAAAGGUUUUUAACUAUAUUUUCGUGGCAUUUAAAUUUUAUAAUUUAUUUUAAAAACUAUAACACCUCCGAUAAAUGUCAUGAAAAUCGGUCCACAUUGUUACAAUAGGUAUCUAUCAAAAUACAAACAAAAAGAACGUUCUUACAAAAAAAUAGGAAUAACUUUCCAUCCCCCAUUUUACCACUUUAAGGGUGAAAUUUUCAAAAGUCCCAAUAAACGUGUUUCUUAAUUUAUAGCCAAAAGGCCAAAUACUAAUUAUUAUAAAUUUUACCUUAAAAAAAAAAAAAACGGUGGAUUUUCAUACAAACUUUUAUGUUCAGUUUUUUACCCGUUUGGCGGUAUAAUGUUUAAAAAUGAUUUCUUUACUGUAUGAAAGACACCUAAUAUCAAAAUCUCAAUUUUCCAUCUAUUAUAGAUAAGGUUCUACGUUGAUUCUCUGUCAGUCAGUCAAAAGAAAACCGUUUUUAUAUAAGAGAUAAUGAAACGAAUUUCGAAAUAUACACUAGUCUUAAUUUCCAGAUUAGCAUAAUUUAGUCCCGAAUAGCAUUUCGAAGAACAUUAUAAAAGCAGUAACGUAAUAUAAGAUAAUAUAGGAUAGGACGAACCAGUAUUUAUUUCAGACUUUCAUUCCCGAUGAAGAGAGGGGGUAUCAUACAUUUUCAAGGGGGUAUGCCAAAAGCAGUACCGGAUCUACGAAUUUAUACACGUGGAAAAAAAAAUAAAGAAAUACACUUAACGACAACUUUCUUUGUAAGUCGAUAAAAAAACGUUUAUUUAUAUAACACAAAUACAAUAUUUGUUUUGUUGUCAAUUAGAUGACUCAUAAUCGGCCCGUAAAUCAUUUCGUGUAUCAUAUCGCAUGUAUUUUUACGUAGCAAUGUCAUAAUUUUUUAAGGAGUGAUAUACAUUUCUGUAAGAGGAGGGGGCAAUACCCCCCCUAAGUCACCCCUGAAAUAAACAUUGGGACGAACUCUGCGGCAAAUAUUGAAGCCAUCAAAUUACAAUUUACAAACGCAAUAAGAUUCACCGCCAAUGUCUGUCUAACGGGCAAUAUUGCCACCAUGUGUUUUCGAACUUCCCACAGUACUGAGGAUCAAAAAAAAUAAAAAUGGAUUUUUCGAUCAGAUCACUACAAGGUAUAGAAUUUUUCGUUUGAAAAAUAAAUAUAUUUUAUUUUUAAUGUUUGAAUAGUAUAUACGAUACCUGGAAAACGGAUAUCGAAAAAAAAAUUCCUAUUCGUGUAGCUCACAGUAAAUGCUGUCGAUUUAGUGAAUGAUUUCUGUUUUUGGUCUAUUAUAGCUCCUAUUGAAAAUAUGAAAACACAUUUUCGCUAUAUUAUACCGUCCGUCAUAGACGGCAAAAUUUUUUCACUAUGACGCCCUCAUAUAGCUUAAACGAUUCGCAUAAUAUGUGUAACGAACUCGACGUGUCGCAAUAAUUAAUUUUAAUAGGCGUUUUUUUUUUUUUAUACAAACAAAUAGUUUUCUCGUGCGAUUUCAGCAGUGUAUAUGUUUUACCCGCGUAAAGAUUCCAACAGUUUAAAUAAUGUUAUAUCGAGUUUAAAUGACGAUGAAAUAUUAAAAAAAGACAAAUUUAGAUGUUCCGUAGACGAAUAAAACCGAGUAACCGUUCUUUUAAUAUUCGUAUAAACUACGAAUAUUAUAUGGUACACAAUACGAAUUUAAUAAAAAUGUAAAUAAUUAUGUCCUCGGACAUCGUAAAUUUAUAUAUAUAUAUAUAUAUAUAUAUAUAAGUAUACUGCAGCAGUCUUCCGCGCGGCGUGUUAUUUGUACAUUGAAAUUAUUCGAGUUUAUUGUUUAAAUUUCCACACGCGUAUUUUGACAAAGACAUUAUUCGUUUUAACGUGUUAUUAUAUAUUUUAUAUAUACAAAAAAAAAAAAAAUUAUAAAAUAUAUAUUUUGGCUAACAGCUCUGUCCUUCUCCCCAAUAACAAUGACCGUUAGUUAUGAUUCUGGUCAACAAAUCCGGCGCGUCGUUAUAAUGUUAUUCAAUCGUAAAUCGUGCGUAAUUUUUUUGCUCGAAACUUAACCUAUAACGGGAUAAAUGAAUAAAAAAUAAAAAAAGAACCUACACCAGUUGCUGACGGAUGUGCCGCCGAUGUAGGCGGAUAGUUGGGAAGGUCGGAUAUAAUAUAAAGUACAUGCGUUUUAAUUUACGCGACGAUAAAUCAUUUUUAUGGCAAAAAACGAUUUAAAAUCGAUAGGUUUGAUUAAACGUCUUUUGAAAUACCGCGAUUUUCAGAUAUGCGUUAAAAAAAUAAAAAAUAAAAUAUGUAUCGAACUUUAAAAGUAAAACGUAUACCAGUGUAUCCUGUAUCGAAUUUUCGACCGUUUUAAAGAAGCCAAAACUAUUUUAUCUGCCUACAACCUAAUGAAAACUGACGAAACGACUAUAGAAAUAGAUCGAAAUUCAACCCAAUGUUCUGAUGUUUUACAAUCUGUACCAGAUCUAUAGUGCUUAAUAGCUAAAUAGUACGAGUGUCCAAUGAAAAUAUCGCGUCUCUAGGAUAGUUUUUAACUGAAUUAUUGAAGAAAAACGACUUUUUCAUUGUACCGACUAGACAAAUAAGUCUACAAAAAAGCCAUCAUGUCGUUUUUUGAUCAGAACCAAAUUUCUGGAAGAAUAGUUGUUAACUGACACUGGAAAAAAAAACAUUUUUGUACAUUCUUACGUUCAGAAUCUAAUAUAUUAUUAUCAUUUAUUCUACAAGUAAAACAUAAUAUUCUAUAAUUAAUUGCUGAUAUGACUAAUAAUAUACCAAUUUUACAUCUAGUAUUAAUUAUUAUUUAAUUUCGUGGUAUUAUAAUUAUUUUUUGAGAUUUGGUCACGUCUGUUAGUCGAUAAUAAUAUAUAAAUUGCAUCACUUUACGCACAGUAAAUGAAUUAUGAACGCAAUAAAUACUUGUAUCUGCGUCAGUCGUUCGCAUUAUUUUAUAAUAUAAACAAUAUUAAUUUCAAAAAUCGCUUUAUUCCGUCAUCGAUAAACAUAAUAUUCGGUUUUUGACGUAAGUACAUUAUUUCAUACGACAUUUCCAUUAAAAACCGUGUAGACGGUCGCCGACAUUUUGGUUUUUUUGUCACGCAUUCGGCAUGUACGGACCGUAUGAAAUCGUGUCACGGUAACAAUAUUACUCGUAUUUUGUAAGUGGACGCGGACGUUCGCAAUUGAAUUGAACGGAAAUCGAAAGGAGUCCAACUAUAUAUAGGAUAUCCGGGUCCAAUUAUUUAGAAACUGAUAAAAAAGAACCGACGCCACUGACGAGAGUGUGCCACUUUUGUGGAGGUAGACGAACGCACAUCAGAUGAGUUAUUCGACGCUGGAUCGGGCAAUGUUGGCCAAUCGCGUCGUUCGACAUCAAUUAUUAACGGCUCACGACUUUACGGGUAUAGGUUAUGUUAGGUUAGGUUAAAUGCUACUAGGAUUAGGCACGUAACCAGGGGAGGGUCCAUCAUGAAGUCCGAAUUUUAAGCUUCUCGUCAAAAAUUCAGAUGGUACCAAAAAAUAAAAUCCUGUCUUCGUGCCCGACUAGAACUGAUUAUUAGCAAUCGAUUUCGCACAUCAGACAAGCGCGCCUGAAAAAUAUACGAAUCCGAAAAUGAUAUAGUCGGAAAGGUAUGUCGGUCGUGAUGCGUGACUUGAGAGCCUGAUGGGCCAAUAAACAAUAAUGUGAUAAAUAAUGUGAUAUUUUCUGCCGUUUUCAUUUUUUUAUCUGUAAAAUACGACGUUGCAUCACCAUGCACCUGCAAUUUAACGACUGUACGUAGAUAUGCGAGUGGAUAAUAUACAUGCAUACGCGAUUCCAGCUAUAUACACCUAUUAUAUGUAUAUAAUGAUUUUAUCCAGGUAUAAAAGAAACAUAAAAAAUAUUAAUUAUUAUUAAAAUAUACAAUUAUUAUUAUUUACGUGUGACUGUCUUCCCUCGAAACGUGUUGCCCGUUGCGUAUUUAAAUCCACUAAAUGUUAUAAAAAGCCGGUGGAUAUAUAUUAUAUUUAUACGCCAGUUGGCGGUUAAUAAUAAGGUCGCUGAAAUUGUAAUUAUUUAUGUCGACAUUUAAAACACAUAAGCUAAAAAUACCGGAUUUGUUUGUUCCUAAAAUCCACAAAAAGCACUUGAAAGCGUCAAAAAGCAUUGAAAAAAAAUCAUUUAAAAAUAUAUAAAAGCGCAAAAAUAAUACAGAGGUUUAAUAGUUUUCCCCUCUAACGAAUUUAGAAUAAAAUGUUCUAAAGCCACAAAGAUGAUUAAUAAAGUUUUUUUUUUUUAAUAUAAUGCGUACGAUUUUAUCCAAAAGAAAUUGUUUUGUUUGAAUCAAUUUUGUAGUGUUAGAAAAUUGUAUUUAAUAAGUAAGCACCAUUAGUGGAGAGUACUUUUAAAUUCCUCUAUCAUUUUUGCUUUUUUAAAUGUUUGUAAAUCCUUUUUUCAGAGAAUUUUUGAUGUUUUAAAGCGCCUUUUGUUAUAAGAUAAUAUAAAUCCCGUCUUUAUACAUAACACAAGAAAAUGAAUUCAGCAUUUAAGAAUAUUAUUUACUGUGAAUUGGACGUACAUUGUUUUAAAUCAAAAUUCGGUACCACGCCUUUAAUUCUUAAUUCACUGUAAAAUAAUUAAUUUGUUAUUGUUGUAUCAACGUUUUUCCGGAAUUAUUAUUAAAAUCGCCCAAUUGAUUUAUAACACGUAUUCAGUUGCUGAAAAAAAGUCGGACAUACUUCGCACGAUGUGUGAGCAACUGUUUUAGUUGAGAAGUUGGGAAUGUAGGAUAUAGAAGGUAAUUAAAUGUGUAUACAUACGCAACGAUAAACGAUUCGGGGCAAAGUUUCUUUUAUACAUGUACGUAUAUUUUCCCGUUUUCCAAAUUAUUAUGAUUAACCGUUUGGAAAAUCAAAAAAUGACCUCACUAAAGUUCCCAAUUGGGUAAGAUUUCCUUUCAAGAAAGGUUCAACACUCGAUACGUCGGAACAAGAUUUCUGGUAGAAAAGUUGCUCAUAGAUUAAAAAAAAGUAAACAUCAUUGUAAAACCAAAACAUUCCUCGCUACGCUCUAAAUCUAAUAUACUACCGUACAUUAAUAACUCUGUAAGUCAACGGCCCUUUGUACUGAGCACGGUCGCACGCCGGCCUAAUCCGGCUCAGGAGUUGUUUGAUUUAUAUCUGUACGCGUAACAGAAAACGGUUUUAAACGUGUUUUAAAAUUUAGAAUGCGCCGAUUUUUACAUUAAAAACACUUAAAGAAAAGUCGUUUACGAACGAAAAAAAAAUAUUUCAAAAAUAAAACAUAUACCAUAGUUAAACCAAUAAGUUGCUCACUGGGCUCAAAGUCAAUAACUGAACAGUUUAUAUCUCCUUAACGUUUAUAUUUCACGCCUUUCGAGAAGACGAAGUUAAUCAAUUUUAAUUAAUGAACGAGCAUUGCUUACGAAAAAAAAAAAAAAUGCGAAAUUAAAUUAUCUAACCAUAACCCUCUCAUUACUUGUUUAUUUAAUAAAAUCAUAAUUUAAUAAAUUAAUCGAUUAUUUAAAUGAAAUAUUGAUCCACAGUAACGACUAAUAAGCAUGUCCGUAGAAAUGGACAGUCCGACAGUAGUAAAGAAAGAGUUAAUUAAUGUAGAAAAAAAAAAUGAUUAAUAAUAUAGUUCUAAAAUAAAAAUAUAUAUAUUUUAUAUUAGAUAUAUAAUAAUAAUGAAUAAUGACGAUUUCGUUGUUGUGUACUCGUCUCGCCUCGCUUAUCUUGGCACUGCGUUUCGGUGUACAUUAUUGUUAUUACCUAUUUUAAUUUUCAACACGCAACAAACGUUUCCGAGCCAGACUGGGAAUUUAAAUUUAAACGCUCACUACGGUGUCUUUUUCGCUGCUUUUUCUAACGGUUUUUUUUUUUUGCUCGAGGUAGCCCCUCGGACCUCGACACUAAACCCGCUCGGAUAAAAUGCCGUGGUGCCGCCACUGCGAGUUUUUGAUACGAUUAUUACAUUCGACAAGUCGUAGUUACAGUAGUUCAAGAUGCCUGUAACCGCAAAAUUUAUUUUCUCUGUCUGUCUAAUGCAGUGUUUCCCAACUUCUCUAUUCUACUCCCCCUCGUAGAUUUUCGAAAAUCGCAUGCCUCCCCUGGCCCCUAUUAUUUAAACAUACGAGAUAAUUUUUUUUUAAUUUCAGAUACGUUUAAUUUGUACAUUUUAUAUUUUGUUCUUACAAUUAUUUCACCAUCGCUACAUGAUGCUCCCCACGCAGUACCUAAAUUCCUCUCCGGUGAAAAAUGUCCUCCCAUGUUGGGGAAACACUGGUCUAACGCGUAAUAUGACAACGGUUACCUGCAGGUCGAGUUUGGGGUAAAAUGACAUACCAUACUUUUUUUUAAAUUAGAAUAUUUACUACACCUUUGCCGAAUGAUUUGUUUUAUACGGUUUCCGUUUGUUGAUGAGUUAUUAUAAUGAUUAAAAUUAAGAUAAAUUAAAACACGCAUUAUUCCGCGGUAAAAAACGAAAAUAUUAAAGACAAAAAAAUCAUCGUAAUACUCUAAAUAUAUAUGAACAAAUAUACAUAAAAAAAAAAAAAAAAUGUAUAAUAGGUCUCUUUGACCUAAACUCGACCGAGGAGUCGUGAUCGGUACGGUGCUGUAUUAUGUUGCUGUGUUACGCGCGAUACGGACGGAGAAAACGAACUACGUUGUAGAGGCCCCUCGAUACAACUAAACCGGGUUAGACAUGGUUCAGUCAAGUUGUUUUAUAUUCAUAAGCGAAUGUAUACCGAUACAACUGUUGUUAAAAAAAAAAAAUAAUAAAUAAAUAAAAAACUUCUAAACGCAACUUAUAGAUUUAAAAGAUUAAACCGUAUAGAGAAUAAUAUACGUGCAAAACAACAGCAAUACAAAUAAAUCUUUAAAGUGUGCCUACACCUGCCUGCCUACCUACCUACCUACCUACCUACCUACCUACCUACCUACCUACCUAUACCCAUCGAUAAUAAUUUAUGUUAAAUUCGUGACGUACUACGAAAUUUUAAAUUACGAGUACCCGCCUAUUUAUACACGCGUAAUAAUAUAUACACCAGAGUAAUAAUAAUGUUUGCACUUUUGGUUAUUAUAAUAUACGUCAUUCAGUAGGAAUAAUAAUAUUAUUGUACCUGCAUAAUAUUAUAAGAUGAUUGUGCAUAUACGAGAAUGCAAUCGAUAAUGUACACGUUUUCGUUUUUUUUUAGGUUUUCUUUUUAAAUUUAAUCGAUUUGUUUUAAAAUUGAAUAUUAUUCUAUAACGCUGUUCCGUACGUCGUCACAGUACUAUAAAUUAUUAUUGUUUUUUAUUUUUUUUUUAACAGCCCGAGUGCUCAUCGUUCUAUUAGUCAUAUAAAUAUAUAUAUAUAUAUUGUAUUGUUUUACUUCGAAAUGAAUUUUAAUUACAUUUAUAGAAUUACAUUAUUAUUGUUGUAUCACACGACAAGUGCUAAUUUAACAUGACCAAUAUCUGUAUAAUGUUUGUCGAACCGUGCUGCGACUGAAAGUUUACUGAAUUUCAUACUAUCUAUAUAAAUAUGAGAAUCUAUUGGACUCGAACGAGCUCUGAAAUCACUCGUCCAACGGUCGUGCGGGUUUUUAGACGAUACAGUACGUCGCGGUCCGCGGAGCAGGUUUUGCGCCCGAUUCGGUAAGUUCGCUAACGGCUUUAAUAAAUAUACCCGACAAAUUCGCUAUAUAGAGCUCAGGUCAAUAAUGAGCAUACCACUAUUUUUAUAAACACCGAUCGUCGGAUCGUAUUCGCGUUACACGUAGAUUAGUGAAAAUUAGUAUGACAUUUUUGCCGGAAUAAAAUGGAAAAUACGAAAUCUUCAGUUGCGAUUAAAAAAACCUCAAUAACGCGUUGUGAUGUUGAUUUCACGGUUAUAGGUUUAAACACCUGACUUUAAAUUAUUGCUAUUAUGGUAGUAUUAUAAUUGUGCGUGCAUAUUCGAAGAAAAAACGGUAAAACAUAAAGAAUAUUUUGUAUCUAUUGAAACGAGACGAAAAUAGGUAUAUAAUCGUAAUUUCGUAGUACAGGUGAACAGUUUAAGGGGCGUAAGAGUAUGCGUUUAUAUAAGUAGGGCUCGGGACUUGAAAUUCACACAAAAAGCACUUAAAAACAUCAAAAAAGCCUUGAAAAAAACGCACUUCAAGCAAAUAUAAUCAGACCAAAUGGUAGAAGGGUUUAAACGUAUAACGAUUUUAAAUUAUUAAAUAUAACACGACACAAAUGAUUAACAAAAAGUUAAUUUGUUUAAAUAAAAUUUUACGUAUUAUAAAAAAAAAAUAAUUUCAGAUUAAUAACUUGUGUAGUAUUAAAAAAUUGUAUUCAAUAAGUUAAAGUCGUUUAGAGUGGAAAUAUUUACACCCUUUUUUAAAUAUUUUUCAAAUUAUUUUUUCAGAGCUUUUUGGAUCGUUUUUAAAGAGUUUUUGUUAUGGAUUUUAAGUGCAAUAAGUUCCGUGGCCUAUUUAUAAGUAAUUAACGAUUAAAAUCGAGAGAAAUUAAAUUAAAACUCGACGAUGUGUUGAUAGUUAUCGUUUUACAGACGCGUGACUUUAUAAUAAUUAUAAAAAUAUUACGUAUGCACUCGAACCAAAACGGUAUAACAAAAGAAAGAUUUAAUUCAUCGAAAUGAGACGAAACUAUAAAAAUAAACAUGCGAUAAUCGUAUACCUAUCUAUUGUGCGUGCGAUGCGAUCCGUCAUAGACUUUAUUAAUAUUAUGAUUUAUAACUUUUAUUACGACGUUUAUUGAUAAUGCUAUAUUUUUUUUAUGUGUGUUUUUUUUGUUUAUAUUUUUGAAUUCUGAGUGCGGCGAGAAACGCAUUGGUUUUACUGAGUUGCGUUUUUUCUUUUAUUUGAUGACGUCCACCAGAAAUCUUGUUCCGAUCAGAACACGAUAAGAGUGCUUUAUUCAAUCGAAUAGAGGAUAUAUAGUUCAUUAGGGAGGUCGCUUUUUUAUUUUCCUUUUAGUUUUCUUACUUAUGACUGGGAAAAACCAGAAAGUUUACGACAAAUACCGGUUUCGUUAUUUUAGACACGUGCAUUAUUCACAAAACAUUGAUAUUUCCUAGACGUGAUAAAAUUCUGACGAUUUCGAGCUAUUUAAAGACAUUACAAAUUUUCGAGUUUUGUAGUUUUUAUGUGGAUAGAAAUGUUUUGCCCGAGCAAAAUUGCUUAAUAGUUUUACUCGAGAUUUGUCAUAAUUUCCAUAUAGUGGUGAAAUAAAAAAAAAUUUUAGCGGUAUAAUGUUUAAUUUUUAUAACUCAUUUUAAGUUCAAAUUUCGAAACAAAUAUUUUUAAAAUUAAGGCAUUUCAAAAUUGUUUUAAAUGAACUUCGCUCAAAAUGGUAUUUUGUGGGCGAUAAUUUAUCACUACGCGAACGAUUUACGUACAGAUAAUAUAAAUUACAUAAUAACUCGAUCUAUGUGUCCUAUCUUUCCAACUUCAAAACUACAUCAGUGGCACCACUCAUCAACAGUAUAUCAGCUCUUUGUUGUUUUUUUCACACAUAUAUAUAUAUAUAUUAAUAAUAGUAAACAAAAGUACUUAUAUCUCUUACUUACAGCUGGUCUAUCAGUCGUUAUUAAUUAUAAGUGUCGGUUUAAAACGAAUUAGAUGCACUAUAUGUUAGCCUGCAGUAUACAGUUGUACCUUUAUAUUAUUUUAAUCGGUUCUUUAACUCGCAGUAAUUAUUCCGUAAAAUAUAUUUUAUAAGUGCUCUACCGGUUGAUUUGUAAUUCUGUGUACAAACCGUGCCCGGAUAUAUUACUCCGAUAAGAUUUAUCUCGUCGGUUUUAAACGACGGUAUUUUUCGUUUUAUAUAAUAUUAUAUACCCAUUCGAAAUUGAAUGUACAGUGUAGUUUCACUCAAAUGGUAACACGAAAUAUGUCUGUUCAGUGACCUCAGAUUGAAAUGGCUUUUUCAAGAGAAGAUAGGGAAUACUAAAAUACACAUUUUGCAUGAAUUUUCAAAUUGCUUAACCUUUCAGUGUGCGCAUGCUCAAUAAAACUUUCAAUUUUUUAAAUGGAAACACCUAUUUACAACACUUGAUUUAAAUAAACCGUUUUUUUUUUAAGCAAUUUAUAUAAAUAAACUUUUCCCUUAUCUCGACAAUUUACCGAAAUACAGCUAGUUAAAGUUGAAACAAAAUUAUUUUAUUAUUAUUACCUAAAUUAAUUUAAUUUUAAACAAUUUAUUAUAAAAAAUACUCAUCAUUCAUCAUUUUCUUAUAAAUUGUUCGAUGUUUUGUCCAUUAUGUUGUAAACAUGCUUUUGAACGUCGUACGACUUCAUCUUGAGUAGCUGCCAUAAUUUGUUUGUCAGUUGUGCGCAUGCUUCAGUGAUUUUUUUGUUUGCUGGAGACUAAUCGGUGGGUCAGCAUAAACUACAGUUUUUAAAUAUCCUCAAAGAAAAAAUCUAAAGGCGUCAAAUCAGGUGAACGCGCUGGCCAAGCUAUCGGUCCAUAUGUCCCUAUAAAUCCAAUAAAUUUAUAGUGUGGAUUAAUUGGAGGUUCCGUAAUAGGCCCCUAUUUUUAUAAUGAAACAUUAAAUGGAAGGAGAUUUUGGAUUUUCUCUCUAUCCACUAUUUGUUAAAAAAUAUCCCAUUAGAUAUUAGGGAAAACGUAUUUUUUAGGAAGAUAAUGUUCCCGCAAACAACAGUAUUAUUGUAAGACAAUACUUAUGUAGCUCAUUUAAAAAUCGUUGGAUGGAGAAAUAUGGACCGAUAGCUUAGCUGGCGCGUUCACCUGAUUAGACGCAUGUAGAUUUUUUUUCUUGGGGACAUUUAAGACUGUAGUUUAUGCUGACCACUGAUUAGUCUCCAGCAUUUAAAACAAAAAAAUCACUGAAGCAUUCGCACAACUGAUAAACAAACAAAUCAUGGCAGCUACUCAAGAUUAAGUCGUACGACGUUAAGAAGCAUGUUUACAACAUAAUGGAAAACCUUCGAAUAAUUUAUAAGAUAAUGAUGACUGAUGAGUAUUUUUUGGAAUAAAUUGUUUAUAAUUAAAAUAAUUUGAUAAAAAUAAAUAAAUUUUGUUUCAACUUUAACUAGCUGUAUUUCGGUUAAUUUUCGAGAUAAGGAAAAAGUUUAUUUAUAUAAGUUGCUUAAAAAAAAAAAUGGCUUAUCCAAAUCAAGUGUUAGAAAAAGGUGUUUAAAAAAAUACAAGUUUUAUUGAGCAUGCGCAUACUGAAAGAUUAAGGAAUUUGAAAAUCCAUGCAAAAUGUGUAUUUUAGUAUUGCUUAUAUUCUCUUGAAAACCCCAUUACAAUUUGAGGUCACUAAACAGAAAUAUUUUGUGUUACCAUUUGAAUGAAACAUACUGAAUUCUACACUAGGUAUACACGCGUUUAUAUCGAAUCCCGGCUUUAAAACCGCAUUUUCGUUGGAUUAGUUUCAACAGGCGGGCAUUAAAGUUUAUACGUGAUAUUUGCUCAUGUAAUAUUUUACGAUAGAACGCAAAACGCUAAAAGUAAAACUUCCAUUUUACAGAAUGUCGUCGACAAUAAUAUUAUGAUAAUAGUACCUAUACAGUGUUUCGAUAUCAAUUGGAUUUAUCGUGAUGCCGGCACUCCCAUAAGUUAUAACCGAAUAUAUCAAUCGGAUUAUAAAAACACUCGAAUAAUCGUAACGUUUUUUAUACGGGAUGAUAUUUUAUUAGACAUUAAAUAGGUUUUUAGUAGCGUUUUCCAACACAACAAAAUGUGUUUUGCCAUUAAUUCGUUUAAAUCAUAAUUUUUAUUAGGUAGAUUUUUUUUUUUUAUUUAAAUUUACUUUACGCUCUUUUACUUUUAUUGAUACUGCCGCGAUCUGACGACCGACCGGCUGCCUCUCGUCAAUCGCGCGCGGAUUCGCGCUGUUUUUGUUGUGUAUUUCGUGAUGAUCGUAACGCGUGUAGAGAAUCAAAGUACAAAAUUAUUCCAGGUUUUUGCAUUUUUUUAAAUACAAAAUAAAAAAUGUCAAUCAGAAAAUGAAGCAACAUUGAGGCGCUCUAAGGUGCAGAUAACUAAAAAAUAAUCUUCCGAAGAGAUGCUAUAAAGAAAUAAAAUUUUCAAAACUUAGAUUCAGUUGUUUUGGAGCAAAUAUAUAAAUAUCUCUUUGAGGACAAUUUUUUUAGUUUUUAAACAUUUUCGAUCAGCAUUCGAGAUCAAUGCUAUAGAAUAGAAUAUUUGUCGGUUAAUCACAUUUAAAUGUUUGCGCCGAAAUUACCUGGGAAAAUUAUCGCUGCUCACAAUUCAACGAAUUUUCAAACGGCAAACUGCAGUAUUAAAAAUGUCGUAAAAAGACGGAGAUUCAGUCGAAUACAUUUCGGCGUUGACAUGUCCAUGUCAACUCAUUGUGAUAAUGCUAUUUGUUUAAAACAAAUUGUAUGAAUGUUACGGUAAAUUUGAUCGUAUAUAAUGUUUAUGAAAUUCCUCUCUUUGUACUCUUGUGUAUAGGUAUACGCGCUAUUUUAUACGGUGAGGGUAACACAGGGGCGGAUCCAGGACAAGAAAAUGGGAAGAGGGCGAUUUUGAAAAUGCAUAUAAGUCACGCAUUUAUGACGAGCUCAUUGAUGAGUAAGAGUAAGAGUGAGGGUAUAAUGGAGAGUGAACUAGCCCCCCCCCCCUUGGAUCCGUUCUUGCUGGUACAUUUAAUCGGGGACGACCGGUAUAUUUAUUAAAUGCCGAAAACAGCCACCGAAGGCAACUGGUCGAAGCCGCUCGCCGCGCCGUGCGGAACAACAGGGUAUUGUAUUACAGUAUUGCGAGGCGGGCCGGUACUCCCGUGUUUUCCCGACUUCCCGCCUACGGCGGUGAUGUAUUACGGCACCCCCACCGGCAGUAUUAUCGGCCGUUUUGUUUUUUAUCUCGUUGUUAUCGAACCGUGUGAAAAUUUCCCCAUUCGUGAACCGGUACCGUAACAGAUUUUAGAUGGUAAAAAAAAAAUAAUAAUAAUUCACCUACACCGUUUAUAAUAACAAUAAUAAUAAUAAUAAUAAUACAAUACGAUAAUGUUAUACACACGCGUAAUUCGACCGACCGAUACCGUAGGUUAGGUUCGAUCGGGUCGAUUGUGUAAACAUUUUUAAUUAUUAGCGUUAUAACGGAAACACACACGGCCAGGUAUUACGUGUACGCGCCGGCCGCCGUCCUAUCUAAUCUGGCGUACCCGUGUACGAACCGCAAUUAUUUCGAAACGUUUAGCAUUAAUAUAAUAUCAAUACAUAAAAUAGGCAAUAAUAUGCCUAGUCUGCAGUCGCUAAUUAAUAUUUUACACGGUACACGAUAUUAUUGUGACGGCGUUAAUAACGCCGGCCGGAGCGUUUCGCGGUCCGCUGCAGUGUGUCUCUGAAUUUAGUCGCGUCGAUACGUAAAAACAUUGUACGGAGUACCCGACCCGCGAUAACGCAGCGUUAUAAUAAUAAUAUUGUGAUAUCGUAAUGACAUUGAGGUGAUGUUAUAGGUCGGUUAUUUUCUUCGGGGCGAAACAGAACGAAAAAAAAAAAGAAAUAGAAAAACGCAACAAAAACUCGAGCGCGAUUCCCGGUCCGAUUUUCGUUUUCGCCCUUGUUUACCCCGGGCGCGGUAUACUAUAUACGUAUAGGUAAAUUCGUAUGCUCGUGCGGGAUACGUAAAACGGUUUUUUUUUUUGUUAUAAAUAAAAUGUGUUUAUUAUGGUUUUUUUUUCUAGAGAAUUUUGUUUGGCGUGGCACUCGCGUGUGGGCUCCCAAAACACGAACGCGCCGGCCCACCGAGUUCAAACGUUGUUCAACGACCUAGGACUGUACCCGACCACUGCUCAAGGUGAUUUUUUCCAGUUCUUACAAAACUCGCCUCAUUCGUAGUAUUACAUUAUACGCGUGAAAAUUUUUCGACUUAACGCCGCCGUCCUGGUUUUUCUCGGCGGAAUUUCUCACGUUUUGUUUUUUCUGUUUUUUUUUCCGCGCAGUCGCCGAAAUGAUGCAGUGCGUGAUGAAAUGCGCCAAUAGAGGCCCGCCCGUUUGCAUGACGUUCGCCGAAUUCUGUUUGUUGGCCAAAAAACUGAAAAACGGCUUGGACAGAGGGUAAAUAACCGCACCACGAUACAAUAUUGUAAUAUUACGCUAUUUGAAAUAGAAACAAUUGUUAUUAUUUAUAAUACUGCUCUGUGUGUGUGUGUGUGUGUGUGUGCACGCGUUAUAAAUUAUUGUUGUUUCUGCCGCAAUAGUGUAACGUGUUAUAUUAUAGAAAUACAACUUACUUUUUUCGACAAUUAUUAUUGCAUACAUAGGUAUAAGUGCCUAAUCAAAAUAUUUAUUUUUAACACGCCAAACCGAUUGAAAUAAUGUGUACCCUAAUCUAUUAUCACUACAGGGCAGAUAUUUACAAUGAAUUUUUGCACGUUUUUGGUUGUUGGUCGAACAAAGAAAAAACGGCUACAUAGUUUCAUUACACCAAAACGUAUUUCAAUAGCUCGUAUUUUGUCCGUGCUUAGAGUACGUUUCGUAUAUAAUUUUCAAGACUCGGCAAAACGAAUAUAACAAAACAAUAUCGUCCAAACUCGUAAAAUGAACAAGCGAGCCGACACCGCCACCGGUGUUUAAAACAGAAUACUAUUAAUUUGUUUCACCUGAACGGCGGUCGUCAAUAGGCUCAGGAUUUUCUGCAUAUAAAUGAAAUGCAAUUUUGGUAACUGCAUACCGGCUUCGUAUAUUUUAAUAGGUUUUUAGGGCAUACACACUUUUGCUCUACAUAUCGCGUUUCUUAUCUUCGCCUCUUACCGCGUGCACAACACGAAAUAAUAAUAAUAAUAUGUCCUCGUAGAUCAGUCGUAGAAAAUGAUUUUGAAUCUAAAACAAAUAUCUACCUACCAUUUGUAUACAUAUAAAAAACAAAAAGUGAAAUAAAUCACAUUUUCCAAGGGCGUAUCGAAUCGAUUCAUGGUUUAAUUGUAUUAAACACAUUUGGAAUUAAAUUGUUUUUAGGUUUCUAAACGUAAAUUUGGACCAUCUUAUAUUAUGUCCGUUGUGCGUUCGCCCGUCUGUACGGUUAUUAUUACAAAUAUGUAGUUACGGUUGUUGAUUUGGUUGACAAGGGGAUACAAUACAUUACACGUGACAUUAUUAUUGUCGUGGUUAUUAAUUACAACACGAAUAUUAAUUCUAAAGUCAUAUUUAUUAGCCAAUGUUAAAAAAAAAAAUACGUACUAAAAUAUAAUUAAUUCAAUAAUUUUCAAAAAUGUCCCGUCAACUGUUUACAAAUUAAGAUAUUUAAGAAUAUUUAAACUUUCUACACACGAGCAUUUUUUUAUUCUAGAUUACCCAAAAUCUUUCAAAAAAAUUGUGUAUUGAGUUAUGGUUUAUUGAUUUAAAUAAGUUUAAAAACCGGAGAAUGUUCACACUCGCGGAGUGAGCUUUUCUAUAGUUUGUUUUAUAUUUUUAUUAAUCUAUAUAGGGAACUAUUUUAAUUCGAAACACAUUUCAUACUGCGUUUGUUAUUUUGCAGCUAUAAUGUAUAAUUGUUUUAGAUAAAAAUAUGUAAUUGACCGCUUUUUCGCAUUUUUAAGACUCAACACCUUUUACCCGAUCAACUCAGAAUUGAUAUUAUAUUACACAGUAAUUUUAUAAACGCGUUAACAUAGUAUACGAGUCGGUUCUGCAGCGUUCCAGCAAAUUCCUAUUUACAGAUGACAUUUAAAAUAGCAAAAAGUGUACCUAUAUAAUAUAUCAAUUAUUAAAAAGUAUUUUACGGUCUAUUAUAGUAAGUUAUGUUCCUAUACUGAUUUUUUCUAUCCGACGGAUAUUUGUAUGCACUUUCACUAUAUAAGUAAUUACGUACAUAGAGGUAAUAAACUAAUAAUUAUCAUGAAUAAAGGAAAUCGAUUCUUUCGCGACGCAUUAUAAUGUGAUAUAAUAAUGAAAAAAAUACUAAAUAAUAAUAGUCGAGUUCUUAUGUAGUAUGUCGUCGUUACUAACGACGACGUUACUCAUUAGAAAAAAUGACCCCUCUCCUUUUUUUUUUUCUGUAAGCACAAAUUAUCACGCAUACCUAUUAUAAAUCUAUAUAUAAUAUUUACCUGUCAAUCGAAUAAACAGGUAUUACUUAAGUAUAGUAAUGCAAAUGAGAAAACGAAAAUGAGGGAAAAAGUCGUAUUGUAUAAAAUACGAAUUUCGCUCUGUUCAGUCUUAGAAAUCCAUCGCGUACGUAUCGUGACUAACCGCUUUAAAAUAAACAUACACAAUACACAUUUAUACGUCUUGUUUUUGUAUACAUAAUUCGCAUACACAAGUACCUAUCCAACAAUACAAUACCUCUAACUACUGUAUAAUUAUUCCGAUCCUCGAAUGAUAUAUUAUUAUUACUCUAUGGGUAUGGUAAUAUACGUAGGUUAUAUACAUAAAUAAUGGUCAUAAUUAUUAAUACGUUGAAAAAUAAUUGUUCAUUUGUCGUGCACGAGUCAAAUAGUCUUUACACCCGACUUGAUUUACUCGUGUUUAUUUAUAAUGGUGAUAUAAACACGAAAUUAUUUCGACGCAAAGUUGGACUAAUUCCCAUAAAAUUAAACGCGGAAAAUAUAAUAUGUGUAGUAUGUACGUACUUACUGUUAUUUUUUUUUUUAAAGCGGUAGUAUAGAUACCUCCUUUAUCUCGUGUAAAAGCCACAGCCGUCAUACCUAACGCUGGACUGGAUAGUUGUCCGGAUUUUCAUUUUCUCCCCGAAUCGGUACGGCCAUUUUUAUUUCCAUGCCUAACCUUUCGUUCGAAAAUGCUAUUAACGCUAAUUCUCUAUGACAAUAGGUAUAUUUAUAACGACUAAAGUCUUAAUUUUUAAACUUCUUAGCAUAAGUUGCAUAGGUAAGACAAAUUAAUUUUGAAUUCCUUUAUUGUACCGGGUUUAUCCAUUUAAGUGGGUACACUCUUUAUCUCGGAAAGUAUUAACUUUUUCCGGAAUUUAUUUUCUAAAACAUUUAAGAAACAAACUACUCUACAAUUUUAUAUUUAUAUUAUUUAAUGUCGCCCUUAUUUUUUGGUUCCCCAGAGUUUGCGUUUUCUAAAUGUUGCUUUAGGUUCCUUAAAUAAGCAUACAAGUCGACAGAAUCGAUUAAUCGAUAGUUUAAAUAUCUACAUCUACAUUUUACAUACCAUUUUAUUAAUUUUUUUUAAUGCGUUUUGACAAUUGCAUAUUAUUUUUUAUCUAUAGGAAAAUGUGUAGGUUCUUAUUGUUUCAUUAUUUAAAUAUACGUUUUUUCGCUAUUUUAAGUUGAAUUUUUGUCUCCAUACAGUAAUAUACGUAUAGUAUACAAUCACUACGUUAUUUUUUACUCUAAGCAUUUCACGAAUAUAUUGUAAAUAUUGUUAUUAACCUAUAAUAAUAUAUUAUUUAAAUUAAUUAUCAACAUACCGGGUAUAGAAAAACCUUUGUACAACUAAAUCGUCAGAUAUGGUCCAAUAAGGUAAUUUAAUGAUAAUUUGUAUUAUACUAUGAAAUAAAAAAAUAAAUAUUCUAUUGAAAAAUAAAAUAUUAGACGUAUUUUAAGACAAUGAAUUACUAUACUGAGUUAGUUAUUUUGUUUAGCAAUUCAUGCGGUAGCCAUUUUCAGUCCGUUUCUUCGUACUCCAUAAAUUUCUAGUCACUAUUUUCUACUUAGUCAUCGAUUUCGCCAUGCUGAAAAGUUUUGUCUCUAGCACAUAAUGGAGUCGGUUUUUUAUUGUUUAUUUUUUUUAUGGACGAAAUAAGUAGAACUGAUCUAACAAGUUAUACUUAUAGAACGGAUCUUUCAACUUUUCAAUAUAGAUGUGUCUAUAUCUUACAUUAUUUUAUGUGAAAUUCUCAGCACCAUUAUUCCUAGCUUCCUGUGUUUCAUCUGAAUCAAUAGAUCAAUUGGCAACAUAAAUUUUCAACAAUUUAUGGUCCGGGAAUUCAAAUUUUGUAAACGGGCACUAGUAAAUAAAAUCAAGGAUAUUUAUACUGAUAAAUAAUUGAGCAGUCUCAAAUCAUAAAGGAAAACUGGUUUAUGAAAAUCCGGGCAAAUGUAGACAGCUGGAAAUUAUAAAAGUCUAUUAAGAAAAACUUAUAGAAUUGUAAUAUUAUCUCACAUACAAGUACAUUGUAAUAGCAUUACAAUUAGGUGUUACUUCAAUUUAUUUUUUUUUUAAAACAAAGUUUAAUAUUUUCACAAAAACAACGUAUCUGUAUUUUUAAUCAACUGAUUUUUUUUUUUUACCAUAUAGGCGAUAUCAAACUUAAAAAGAUUAACUUUUUUCGAUAAAAACUAUAUUACUAAUAUAUAGAUAGUAGGAUAGCAGAUACGGGUGAUCGCAAACAUAUUAGGCAGUUAUCUCCAGACUAUUAGAUAAAAAUAUGUCUAGACUGAUAUAAAAUAACAUUUUAUAUUUGAAUAUAAUUAUAAUUCCCAUAUUUUUCCCAGUUAUUUUUUAUUUUAUUUGUUCGGACCGCUGCAGCGCAAUGUCCUGUUUUAGUCGCGUGCAUUUUGUACCGUUUAAAAAAAGUCGAUUUGCCCACAUUCAUUUGAAUAUUUUUACGAGUUUGAUACAGAUUACAUACACAGACUAUACAAAAUAAUAUUUGACGUAUAUAUCCUACAUGACUAAUAUCUAUCUAUUUUAGACGAGUGACUUUUACAAUGUCUAUGUAAAAUAAUGCCGAAAUACAAGCAAAAAUUCUAGUUUUGUACUUACACAUGUAUGAUAUAUAACUGUACUGUGAUUAAUUGUUUAAUAAUAAAUAUUCGUGAUCAAAUGACAGAUUACAGCACCUAUAUAAUCGUACAUAAUAUAAAAGUACAACGACACCGGUGACUGUUGUAUACACACGAUCAAAUGAAACACUAGUCGCGGUUUUAUUAUAAUAUUAUAUUAUAUUAACUUAAUGUGUAACCAAUAUUAUAGCAUAAGAAAACCUAACGGAUAAAAUAAUAACAUAAUGGUCGUAAUUAAUGUUUGCAGAAUACCGAGGUCGUUGCAAUUUUCACGUCUGUUGGAAAAAGAUCAAGAAAUAAUACACAACAGGGGAAUAAAAAAAAACACGAGUAAGUCAAACCACGAAAAUAACAUUACCUAUACUAUAGUCAUAAUAUUAUAAUAGAAAAUAUAGGUAUAGUAAAAAUCUAUUAAAUAAAUGGAUGGACCAUCAAUUGUGUGCGUUCCAAAGAUACUUCUGUUGUCAUACUGCACUGGUUACAAAAUAUAUUCCAUACGGUUGACAUUUUUUAUUAUUAUUGAUUAGUUUUACAUGGUUUUGUGUCUUUUAGUUCUUCUGUACAAUUUUUUAUUCCGAUUCCAAUUGUUCUAAUAUUUUAAACUUUUACCUAUAUUACGGUAUUAUAGGUAGAUUAUCUACUCGGGAUAAAGCUACUAAAGAAUCUGGCUCAGUGGCGUAGCCAGGAUUUUUUUAAGGGGGGUGUUUAUAUGUAACUUUUUUGUGCACGUGUAGAACACAAAACAUUUACUUAAUAAUUAUCUAUCCGAAACAUAACUCAUCUUGUAUAAAUCUGAUGCAUAUAACUGCAAAUACUAAAAUAUAAUUUUUGGCUUAAAUAUAGUCAAAAGGGGGGGGUGUUUGAACACCCAAACGCCCUCCCUCACUACGCCACUGAAUUCUGGCUUGUAUCUUUACUUAUACUGCAGUAUUAUCUAUUAUCUUCUGGUCCACAGAUAAUUAUAUAGAUAAUUAACUUGAUUGCUAACUUUAACCUAUAAUGUAUUGUAUCUAGCCAUUUUGAAUAUAGAUGGAACAAAAUUAUAAACACUAAAAUCGUAAUUCUUUCAUAAUAGAUCUAAAUUAUUUAUUUUUUACCUUUAUUAUAUUAUUUAUUAUUUAUUUUCAACUUAGCACAUUUUAGUAAAAUUAUUUUUAUAGUGUUUAUACGAACUUUUAAUACAUUUCCAUAAUGGCAUACGGGGUGUAUAUUAUAAAAGGUGAAUAGAUUAUCAAUUUAUGUAGAUAAAAUGCGAAUAAUAUAUUCACAAUAGUCAACAGCGUUAAAAAUCCUUGGUCAGCUGUUGCUCACAUUGUGCAAGGAAUCAUUGUGCAAAAUGUAUUAAGUCUCUCAGUCCCAGUGGUUUGGGCCACGCGUUGAAACGCCAGUCUGCCGGUUUCCUCUCUCAUAAUACUAAUAUAGAUACAAAACGUAAAGCUUUACUAAUGAUUGUAAUGCAAUAUAUUUAAUUGUUCAACGGAUUUUAAUAUUUUAUAAACUUUGGUUAGAAAUUAAAAUAGACGUCAUAUGAUGGUUAUGAUUACGUGCUGAAACGUCGUAUUGUACCAUAUUUUGUAGACAUGAAUAAGAUUAGAUAUACCUACUUACCGUUUAUACUUACUCAAAAUGCCUAGUAAUCUAGUUUAUUAUCGCUAUACAGAUAUCUUUUUUAUUUUUUUGUUCAUAUAAAUAUAUUACCGACAAUAUUAUACAUAGUGGCAGUACCAUUAUAUUAUUUCUGUACAAUACACCCGUGCUUCGCAAACUCAACGUUGCGUUUAUCAGAAAUACCAUAUUACAAUGAUGGUCCAUUCAUUUUUUCAUUUUCCACGGGUCCAUCUGGUAUUUCUAUCGAUCGUUCGUCUAAUCUUCGUGUUUUGUUGCUUCGUUAACGCAGGAAGUGACGUCCAUAGCUACGACGUGUUCCUGGGCGGCUCUUGCAAUCCGACCACGUGGCGCAAAGACAUCGCCAUACCGUACUUACAAGAGGCCGGGGUAUCAUUCUACAAUCCGGUUGGUAUAUAAUAAUAAUAAUAAUAAUAUAAUAUUAUUUUAACAAAAGCGGACAAAUUAAUGGCAACAGUUAACUCGAUUGCGAAAAAACCUCCAGUUAAAAAUCAAAAGCCUAACGGUAAAAAACGAGGUGUUAUUUUAUUUACCAAACCCGGUUUUAGGAACUUAAACGCGGUUUCUCAAUCAAAUAAUUAUCCCGGUAAAUAAUUGUAAUAGGUGAUUUGCGCAGUACCUAACGAGAACUGCCAAUUAAAAUUUAAUUUCAAAAAUAUAAUUAUCUUCUUUAAUUCGCCACCUCAACUGGAUGUCCAUACAAAUUAACUGUAAAAAGUUUAUAUGAUGUAGAUAGGUGAUCGACGUCCUGCAGACGUCCUCUGCAGACCUCGGUUUUUCGGUGAUAAUAUGACGAUCAUAGACCGGCAGGUUUAUCUGAUAGGUAUUAUCAAUAAUCAAUGAUAAGGCACGAUAAGUGUGACACCAAUAAUGUGGUAGUUUUGGAUAGAUUUCAUCGGUUCGAAAAGAAAAGUUGAUAUUUCAAAUAGUUUUCGAGGUAUAAAUAUUUCAAUAUCGACAUCUUUAAAAAUUUGAUCGUUAGGAAAUAAUCCAAAAUGAUAUCAAAAAUAUGUAUUGUUUUUUAUUAUAAUCAUUUGUAGUUAUUGAUAUUUUGAGAACAAAGUUUUUUUACUUUAAAAGAAUAACUACAAUAUGUGUCAGAAUAGCAUAAUAAGCAUAUGUUAUAAUUGUAUGUACAAUAUAAUUGCGAAUAAUAAGAAGAGGGAGGCCAACAAGUGACGGAACCCAUACAAAGUAUUUUUUUUAUUGAAUUCAAAAUAAGUCUAUCUGGCUUAGUUUUAGAGUUAUAAACGUUCAAACGAAGUGUAUUUCGAUGAGCUAACUCGGAAAAUUUUAAUCGAAAAUAACCCUGAUUUAUUGUAGAAAGCUACGUUGGAUGGAACACAGGAUAAAAUCAAAUGCAUCAUUAAUGUCGUUGUUAUAAAUUGGCGAAAUAUAAUGUGUUUCGAGUGUUUGAGAUUUUGGCGAUUUCGAGAUAUCGAUAUCUCGAAAACUAUUAGAAAUAUAGAUUUUCUUUGGUGUGUUCUUUUCUCGGAUCGAUGAACUCCAUCCAAAACCACCAUAAUUUUUUGGCGCCACACUUAUCGAAAUCUUGCUAGUAAUAAUAUAAUUUAAUAACCGGUUUUAAAACGAAAAGGUAGGUAUGAGGUUUUUUUUUUUAUAUAAAUCGCCGAUUACAGAAAAACGCGCUCGGACGUGUGUUUUCGCGGAAAUCUAAUCCAACAUUUUCGACAUUCCGAACUUCCUAUUUCCGUGUAUGUUUUUUUUUUAACUCAACGACGACCGAGAGUGCACGCGCCGCCGAGUGUCAAUUAAUAAAGCGCAAUUUGACACCGCUAAGGUUACCUACAUAACGUACUCGUGCAAUAAUAAUAGCGCGUCUAUCAAUAUAAUAAUAAUUAUUGUUUGUUCCUUUCUAAAUACGGCUUCGAAUAAUAGUGUGUGUGUGUGUGUGUGUGUGUGUGUAUUUAACUCAAGCGAUGGUGACCAGAGGCGGUUACGGUUUUGGAAAAAUAUUCUGCCACGAGACAUACCUUGGUAUAGCCAGUAUAGGUAAUAACCUCGCAUCUGCAUCGAGCAUCGUUUAUCCUGCAGAGCCAAGCACGUCCAAGGUACCGUUACCGAUGAGUUCGAUUUUCUGCGUCGAGAUUAUCGAAAAAAAAAACAACAAACUUUUCAAUAUGCACUAAAAAUAUAAUAUAGUUACAAUAAUUCCGAAACAAGCGGCGUGCCUUUUAUCGUCGCGUUACUGAUACAAUAAUAAUUAUUGUCGUUGGCACACAUUUAAAAUACUAAUGCAUUUUUUGCGUUAAUUUUUAAUUGAGAAUAUUUUGAUAACGUCAGAGGUAGGUAUCUAAAAUAAAAAUACUUAAUAUUCCACGAUAAAAUAGAAACCGCGUUCAAAGGCGCAUACCAAUUGGAACGAUAUUGCACGGAUGUUUUUACAUAUAAAAAAAAACCUCGAAAAACUGUAAAGAACCUUAUACCUGAGGUAUUCGCUGAUAUAUUUUAGAUACAUUAUAAUAUAUGUAUAGACGUGCAAUAUCAGACUUUUUGAGCAGGUACCUACUAUAUUAUACGGCAUUGACGCAUUGACCGUAUAAUAUAUCACGUGACUAUUAUCUGUUAGAGGUAUUCCAAACGAUAUAUUUUAUACCAAACGCGAUAAUCGGUAACCUACCUACGUCAUAAAUUAUGUAGGUUUAUUAUAUAAACGUGAAAAUUCAUUUUUGUGUCAGUAGGUGAUAUUAUUAGGUAGACGAUAUAAUAUUGAAACGUUUCGAAUGAAAAAAAAUUAAAAGAGCUAAUACUGAACAACGAGUGCGACCAUUCUGUUUUAGGUGGGAAGUUGAGAAUAGGUAUAGGAUAUUAUAGAGGAAAAUUAAAUUCAUAUAUUAUGUACGCAACGAUCAACCAUUGCUAAGGAAAAACGAUUCUUAGCGGAGUUCGCCCAUUUGUAGUAUUGAUUUUUCAAAAAUGUACGUUCACGACAACGAUUGUUUGAAAAAGAUUUAAAAUAAUAAAAAAUCAAUAAUAACGAAAAAAAAAUGGUUUUCAAUGACAAAUCUUAUGUUUAAUCUUUUGAUUUUUUUAAUCUUAAGAACCAGAGUUUUACCUCAUUAUAUCGAAUAUUAAUGAGAAUUUCAAGAAAUUACCUUUAUCAAGUACCAACUAGGACCAAAAUACAACAAAAAUGUCUCUUGUCGAGUUUAGUUUGGAACAAGGUUACUACUAAGAGAAAAUUUGUUUACAGACAAAAAAAAAAAUACACAUCAUAGUAAAACCAAUAGAUCUCUCGUUUUACUCAGUAUCUAAAAUGUAGUAUCUAAAAUGUCAUGUACUUUCACAAGACGUUUCCGGUACCGUUACAUAGUAAUUAUCUACUGCAGAACGGUGUAAAUUUAUUCUGGGUUUCUCCAGUCGAAAACUAACUAAUGUAGACGUGUAUAAAUAUAUAAAGCAUGGGAUAGACAAAGGUGAACAAAUUAAUGCAAAUUACAAUGUAGGUAACCCUUAAAAAUGAAAUUUUACAGAAUGAACAUAAAUAUAGUUAUUUUUGUGGUGCUACGGUCUAUAAAGUUGACAUUAGUGUCUUACUUUUCGAAUUUAAACAAUAAUUUAAUAUUUUUAAAUUCACUUUUCACCCACGGUUUAUGUAUAAUACGUAUUAGAUUCUGUGCGAAGUGAGAAAUGUACGGGUAUUACUAUAAUGCGUUUCAAUCAAACACUUUACACUUCAUAAGGACCUGUAGCAUUUUUUAUAUUGUUGGUGCGAAACUGAGGUGGUUUUAUUUUGUUUUUCUUGUAAUUAUUUUAAUCAAUGGGAAAAACUGGCAAUUUGUCGUAUAACUUUUGUUGAUUUCUGGGUCAUCUUGGCAACAAGGGGAAAAAUACGACUAAUAGUAAUUAGCUCAAAAUCGUUUUUAUGAGCAAUGGUUUAUCGUUGCGUACCGAUAUAAAUUAAAUGACUCUAUAUAUAUAUAUAUAUAUAUCUUUCCUUCCAGCUUUCAUCCAAUCCCAUAUAAAAUAAUUAUUAUAAAAAAUAUCAAAAACAUUGGCAGGGGUCGCGUAAAGAAAAAAUCUAAUAGGGUUUUUAUAAACAUUCAAUAGUAAAUGGGCAGGCGUGGAUACUUUACAAGAAAACAAUAAUUCGAACAGAAUAAGUAAAUACCUUUCAUACCUUUCACCUCAUCUUCUUAGUAUCAGCUGUAUAUUAUCUUUGUCGGUUAAUAAAAAUGUAGGACAUUAAAAAUUGUCUAAAAUAUUCAAUUAAUUUGUUUUUUUUCAACAUAUUAACCUAACCUUUACUUACCUACCUAACUAGGUAUAUUGUUUUGGGUGUAUAAGUUGAUAAUUAAACGAAAAUUCGAAAACAUAGCUAUGUGCCGCACCUAUAACACAUGUCAAUUGCAAAAUAUACGCUGUGCUGAUUAUAUGCGUCUCCCUAAGAAAUUAUAAAACUCGUAGAAAUUACUGCAGGCACCGCAAAAAAAAAAAAAAAUAAUAAUAAACCCAAGUUUAAUAUCCUAUUUUUGAAACGUUGUGUUCUUUUCCCGUGUUCCCGUGUAGCAGGUGGAUCAGUGGAGUCAGGACCUAAUCGAAGUCGAACACGCCGCUAAGGCAAACGCGAAGAUUCUGUUGUACGUGAUCGACAGUCAAACCAGAAACGUAGUCAGCGACAUAGAGGCGGCCAACUUCGCGGGCUAUCAGAAGAACCUGAUACUGGUCAUCCAUUCGUUCCAGGACGCGGCGGCCGGAUCGGUCGUGGCCGGCGAACAGAUAUCCUCCAAGGAAGCCGAAGACAUCCAGGAAGCCCUGACGGUGUUACAUAAGCUCAUGUUCAAUCAAGGAGUCCUGGUGUACGACAAUAUAUCACAAGCGCUGGGCAAAGUGGUUCAAGUAGGCGGACGAAUUUUUUUUUUUACACUGUUUAAAAACGACCUCGCGUUACGUAGAUUAUUGUACGAAUUUAAUAAUACCUAUAUUAUCGUUUAUUAGAUUACCAAAGGCAAAAGCCAACAGAACAACGACGCCUGCGAGGACAAUACCACGAUCACUUGCCGGUAAGAAAACUAUAAAAAGUUACUAAAAUUUACAACGCGCCGCCGACAGGUUCGGAUUAAGAGUUGUGGGGGUCAUAGGAGCCCAUAAUAAUAGGAUAACAGUGGCGUAUCCAGGGGGAUUUGGGGGUUAUAACCCCGCCCGAAAUGUCUUUGAAAUAAAAAAGAAAUACUAAUAGUUUUAAAAAAAGAAUAAAGUGUUACACUUAACAGUUCACACAAAUAAUACAAAUUAAUAAUAUACAAGUCCAGUCCAGUGUAGUGUGUAUAUUAUAAUAAUAGGUAGCUAAAUGGUUAUCGGUUAUCGCUUUCGGUUAUCCAAAAAGACAAAGUAUUUUGCAAUUGUCAAUAGAAGAAGUAUAUCCACAGACUAAUAGCUUUUAACUAAAAAUCUAUGGUGCAAUUCGAUGGGUCGAUCACCAUGAUGCAGUUAUAUUAUUUGAAGAACUUCAACCAGCCAUUUUACAUACACUAAAUAAAAUUACACUUUAGACAGAUUCUGACACUUCUAGUUCUAAAAGUUCUUCUUUUAAGACUGCGAUAAAACAGUUAAAAUUUCAAACAGCUUUAACUAUUUUGGUGAAAAUACUUUACAUAAGUUUUCCACUUAGCCGAUAUCUUCAAGCAGCAAAUCUUGAAUUAAAAACUGCAUUAGAAGCUGCUAAUGUUCAAAAUAAUAUUCAAGAUAUUAGAGAAAAUUAUGAUGUAGACUUUCAACAGUUAUUUUUAUCCGUGAUAACUGUCUGUGGAAAAUUUGAUAUAACUGUUAGUUUGCCACGUCAAUCUAAAUCAGAUGAUCCAGAAUAUUUUUUUAAGUAUUCAUACCUAUUAUAGGUAAUUGUUUAGACCAAUUGAACGAAAGAUUUAUAUCGCACAUGAUUGUUUUGAAUAAUGUUAAUUGUAUUUUACCUAAGAUAGAAAUGAAAAUAUCUGAAGAUAUUAAAGGCCCGGUUCGGCCGGCCUUGUUUUGAAAACGGUUCCGAAGCGCUCAGCUGACUGCCCGCCUAGGAGCAAGGUCGCCAACCUAGAACCGAGGUCCGAAAACCGGAGUCCUGGGAUUUUUGUUAGGAGGGAAAAGGGAAAAUUGCAUUAAUCUAAAUAAAUAAACACAUGUUUCUUUAUGGGGAGAAUAAGGAAUUAUUUUAUCAAAUCAUUAAUCAUCAAAUGAAAGUAAAGUUGCGUUGAUGUGACAGAAAAGCCCAUGGCAUAAAAACUGUCAACCACGAUAGAGUGAAUAAUAGGUACGAUUUUGCACAGGUAAGUGGAAUGCAUAGAAUGAUAGGCAUAUAUAAAUAUAUAAACAACUUAUAUUUUAAACUCAUAUGGACACGGGGUGACUGGGGCGUCAACCAGUCUUAAACUUAUAGUCCGCACACGUGUAUUGAUACAACGGGAGCGCGCAGGCCGGGACUCAUUACUAGUUAUUAAUGAUAACGAAUUCACAUCCACGUGCGCGUAGAUCGAUUUAUAAAUAUUGAGACGGGCCACCAGGUGGAAUUUCGCGGACACAGUAUAUAUUUUGGGGAGGCCCCAGCAGGGAUGUGACAUUUGCCGGGUCACACAAACAUUACAACCGGAAAGGGUAGCUGAACGCUUUUGUUCCAGAUUGAUUGGUCCGCGGUUAUGGCGGCCCUGCGGGUUAACCUGCUGGGUGCGUCCGGACACGGAUCGCGAGACGGGGAAAUCGAUCGAUAUUAUAUAUAGGUUUUUUUUAAAACACGCGCACACGCACAGACUCAGUAGACGCGUGUUGAUCCCCGUAGGUAUAACGGAAGAAUUUAACAUAAAAUACUGUAUAGUACACGACUUCGACACACACGACGCGGAUUGUAGGACGCGCGCGGAAACGGGAAAGUAUUGUGUCGGGAGGUGUAUACACGGUAUGUUGAACGAAUUGGUGGUUCGAGGGAAAGAAAACGAAAAUCAUUUUAAACAAAAUAUUUAAACGGGGCACAUUAACACCAAACCAACUUAAAACUACUUAACUAAACGGGGUAUAGCCCGAUUAUUAAACUGCAUGUAUAUUACCAAUCAUCUCGCCCGAAAAUGUCCGCCUAGCGGCCCGGAUCGGGACACACUCCAUCGGUUCGUUUGAGGCACCGUCGGGACAGGAAACAUGCCAAGGUAUACGACCUUUCUUAAUGGCGAAAAAUAUGCGGACGCGUACAGCACGGGAGUGUUUUAGCGAAAAACUGUAUCCAAAGACCGUCUGAGGACACAGUCCCGAGACGAGGUCGGGACACGAAGAGAGAAAAAGACGAAGAGUAAAACUGUGUAGGUGUCGGAGCGCCGAGACGUUCGUGACACACGUCGCCGCGGGCCGACGUUUUUAGCGAUAAGGGAAAAACGUGAUAUGAUUGGCCGUUAACCCGCGGUCGGGAAUAUAAUAUCAUUGGAAAUCGCGAAAGAUUGCGAUCGCAUAGACGUUUUCGCGGGUGGGGGGGGGGGAUUAUUGAUCACGAUGACAUAACAUAUCCGUCGCCGCGGGCGUAAUCUGUUAACCGGUCGACCAUAUUGAUUGUAGGUACGCUUGUCCUACGAUGACGGAAAAUGGUCGUUUUUGGGCGACCGCUAAUGUUCAAAAUAAUAUUCAAGAUAUUAGAGAAAAUAAUGAUGUGACUUUCAACACACUGUCUGUGAAAAGUUCGUUAUUGCUGUAAGUUUGCCGCGUCAAUCGAAAUCAGAUGAUCCAGAAUAUGAGAAAAUUCAAACAAUUAGUAGAAACAUAUCAAGAUAUAAUUGAUGAAUGUAACGAUUCAAAUUUAAAUGGUAAUGUACUAAACGGAGAAUUAGAUUUGUGGUACACUAAAUAUUCAAAUUUAACAUCUUCCGAACUCAAAAACAAAAACACAAUUGAAGUAUACUUCCAAACUAGUUCAGAUAUUUAUCCAAUAAUAUCUAAACUUCUACAAAUAUUCAUAACACUUCCAGUGUUUACUGUCACGAGUGAACGAUCGUUUUCAACACUCCGUCGUUUGAAAACAUAUUUGAGAAAUUCUUCGGGACAAAUACGUUUAACUGGUUUAGCCUUACUAAAACGUGUUCAUUGCGUUAUCAAUGAUGUUAUAGAUCAAAACAUCAAAACAUAAAAAUGAAUAAUUAAUAAUUUUUAAAAAUGAUAAAUACUUCAACUUUCAACUUUUAUAUAAUUAACGCUGUAAAAUGGUAAUAAAAUGUUUAUGUACAAUUAUAAUACACACAAAAUUCAAAACAAAUUCAUUUGUCAUAUUUUUUUCAACCCCCCCCCCCCAAAAAAAAAAAAAAUUCUUAAUACGCCGCCGCUGUGGGAUAAGCCUAUUAAAAUGGAAUAAAUAGUCAAAGAAAAAAAAAAUCAUUAACUAUUUCAUUCAACCCAUAAUAUUAUGGUCUUUAUUGGUCCCUAUUUCUCGUGGCCCCCUACUAGCCCCCACUCCCUAAGCUGGCCGCCUAUUGUGUACCUGUCUAUAAUAUAUUAAUAUUAUUGUUGAUAUCGUUUCAGCAGUAUGCGCGAUGCUUUCAACAAGUCCGACACCAAAACUACUGGCAAGAUAACCAUUUUCGAUGUAUGUGGGUAGGACUCGAAUGAUUAUGAUUGACGUUGAUGCGAUCGAUUAUUAACCAACAAUGUGUUUUUUUUCUUUUUAAAACGAUUUUUUAAUUCAGGUAAGAAUGGCUAUUCGAUUGUUGACCAAUCCAAAUCUGUCCGCAAACGACGUGUUAAAUCUUAUAUCCGAGAACAAAGAUUCUAAUGGUAAAUACCUAAUAUCCCUAUACUUACCUACCUACCUACUUAUUAUUAUAUUGUUUUGAAAAACCUCAAUAAAUAUUACGAAUUUCAAUGUUGUUUCAGAUGAUCGGCAAGGUUGUUUUACAUUCGAUCAAUUUUGCGCUAUCGCUUUUAAAUAUCUACAGUUACCCGAUAAACACCAUCGAACAAAUGGUUUUGAGUAUUUUGACAUUGGUAAUUUAAAUACACACCAAUAUAGAUUUUAAUUUGACGAUUAUAUUAUAAUAAUUAUAAUUACGUUUUUCUCAGGCCGUGAAUAUGUUGAAAUGACAAGAUCUUCAAAAACAACAGAUAUAUAUUUAGCAGGAGAAAGUGGCGAUGAUAUUCGAUGGAAAGAAGACAUUGCCAUUCCCUUGAUCAAGUAUAAAUAGUAUAAUAUUAUAAUACUAAAUUUCUUAGGCGAUUUUACUUAUUUCCCUGGCUUAUAUAUUCACAUUGUUAAUUUUUUAUUUUUAGAAAAUCUAAUUUAACAUAUCACACAGCAGUGAGAACAGACUUAUCAGUAUUAUUAGAUGCGCACACAUUGUUAUUUGUAAUUCCAAACAAUUCAAGAUCUUUGGCAACCAUGACACUGGUAAAUUUUGUCAUUUUACACAUCCAUUUAAGUUUGGAAUACACAAAAUAUUUUGUUUUCUUUUCUUUUUUUUCAGGCAUCAUAUUGUAUAGCCAAAUGUUUUAGAAUGGUGCUAUGCAUUCAGAAUCUCACUACAGAUAACUGUACAGUUCACGGUGAAAAGGUAUAAACAUAUUAUCUAUUUAUUGAAAAAAAUGCUAAAUGCUAAUCCAUUUAAAUUUAGUUAACACAAACAGCUGUCAAAGACUAUAACCGUGGGCGAAUAUAUCUUGCAGAUUUAGCUGCACGAGAACGAGUACCUGUAUAUGAAUCUAUCAAAGAAGCGGUUGAAACCGCUAUAAAAAAAAGCCUUUAGUAUAUAUUCAUGUAUUAUCUUUUUUAUUAUUAUUAUUUGAAUGUUAUAUUACAUAGAAAAUAAUGACCAUUUAAUUAUUUUUAAUUAUAUGAAAACUAACAGAAGUUCACGAGCAAAAUGUUUUUAAACUAUAAGUACCAUUUUUUUAAAUUUAAUUUUAAUUUUUAUCUAACAUUUAAGUAUUUUUUAAUUUAAUUGUAAUAAUAAUAUUUUAUUGUCUGUUUCGUAAGUUAUAUAUGUUAAUAAAUUUAAUUACUUAAAGCUAGGUAUUUAAUUAAACUGCUGUAUUCCUUCCUCUAUUAUUAUUAUUAUUAUUAUUAUUAUUGAUAUGU